GUUGAAGCCUGUCAGAUGGUUGGAGCUGACCGUCCGGAGCGCUCGAGGCGGACACACACACACACACCGCAGACUGGCCCCGGUCUUGAGGGGAACACUCACCCACACACGCUCUGCCCACUGUUGGUGGUCUAUAUUAACUUUUACCCUGACUUUACCUGAUAACUUGCCGGGUUCUGAGGACAACUUAGCACUUAUGUGAACUGACGCUGGUGGACCUCAUCACAGUUACUUUGUGCUUGUUCGCGUGGAUGUGCGGCUGUGAUUCACGCGACAACAUGACCGGCUAAUUCACCUCUUCACCGGACAAACAGGUGAGCUCGAGGCCAUUGUUUUCUCCAUGGACAGACCGUUCACUUGGAUGUUACUAGAAUUUGUUUGAUAAUAAUGAUCAGGAUCAAAUAUAGCACACUCAGCACACACACGAGGCUGCUGCCCACGCAGUUAGGACUACGGUGUUCACUGGACUUUAGGCCACACACACACACACACACACACACACACACACACACACACACACACACACACACACACACACACACACCAAGCUCACACUCUUUUGUCAGCUGAUGCAGGAAUGUGUAUGAGCCAAAUGUCAAAUGCCUUGUUCACCUGCUAGCACUCUGCUGCACAUACACGGCUGCCUAUUUACUGCCUCAUUUAGGCAACUGAAAUCACCUGCUUUGACAAAGUUCACUGAACUUGACAUUAAGUUAAAUAUGGAGAUUUAGAUGUGUGGUUGUUGUUGUGAAGGUCUAAGGUUCCAGAGAUGAUGGAUAAUGUUUUUUUUCCCUUGCUAGUGAUGCAGUUUGAGCAAAUUGUGAGUCAUAUGUGUGGUCUGGGUUCUCCUGGGGUGCUCUCAUUUUUGUUCUGGUGUUUUUCCGCCUCUGCAUCUGCCUGCACCCUCAUGACAUGAAAAUCCAAAGCAUCAUACAAACUUUUUUGUCCAAAAAAUGUGAAAAAAAGCUUAUACAGUUUCUCUCUGCACUUUUCAACAUCUUGCAGCUGCUUUUUUCAUACAACCAAAACUCAGAAGUGCUGUCAACUCAAAAAAGCAAUCACUGCAUUCAAGAGGCUGGAACUAACUAAUAUUUUACAUGCUUUCUUGACAAAUGAACAAAAGUUUGAUGGAUUAUCUCUAGAGCUGGUAAUUAAUUUUCUUUUGUUCACUAAUGGAUUAAUCAGCUGUUAAUGAAUGUGACAGUAAUUGAAAAGCUGUUGUCGCAGAGGGAGUGUGUGUGUUUAAAGGGUCAUGUGCUGUGAUUUCAGCUGUUCACAGACUAGGUGAGGCUUGGCCUGCAGAUGAUCCCCCUCAGUCUGUGUGCUGCUCCCGGUGAGCCCGCUGAAAGCUCCUCACUGUGGGGUCUGCUCAUGAACUUGUUGGAAACAGCUUGAAGCGGGUGCAUUUUAUCAUUCGUUUCAUCAAAAUCAGCAGACAAAGUUUUCAGUGCAGACAUUUAGAUACUCUCUUUGUCUUAUUUGGGGUAGCAGAAGAAAUGCCUCCCAAGUUCUGUUUAAGGAGGAUCAUACAAUCCAAGACAUAGACAUUUGUGAAGAGUCUUUAGUGCAGCUCUGAAAUGUGAAUCUUCUUUGUGUCUCAGGAUUUUUUGUGAAGUCCAAGCAUCCACACAUUUUGGAGUAUCUGGCCAUCUGCUUGCUGAGGGUUUGUUCCAGCAGCACCAUAUCACAUUACCCACACUUGACUGUGGGGGAUGAAUAACACUGUGCAUGGUUUUGACUUUAUCAGAGACUGGGGUGUGUAAAAAUGUCUGUUCAUUGAUUUCGGACUCAACUGUUACUUUUGUCUUGGUGAAACCUGCCAGUGAUCACACACAAGCAAAACAAUUAAAAAAGGAAAUAUGUGUUGUUAUUAGUAGAAAUAAAUGAAUGCAUAUAUUUUUCCCCUUUGCAGCCUCAGCAGUCUUACUCUGUGAACUUUAGCAGUAACACAUUAACAAAGAACUCAUGAUACCUGGAAGAAAACUUUGAAAAACUUUGCUUCUUCUGCUCAGUGUUAUCUUCAUCUUCAACAGCUAGUUAGUUAAUCCAUUUUUUGUAGAAUAACAUUCUUGUAUGAGUGAAUGAGAUCAAGAGGGCGUGAAUUUGUCAGGUUACAAUGGAAGCGCCCUCCUAUGGCAAACUAUUUCAGGCAGUCAGAUGCGUUAGUGUACUUUAUUAUGAGUUUAGAUGGCUCUGUAUAGUUCGAAUUGGAACCUUUCUUUCAGAGUUUGAAUAAGGGUUUAAAUCUAAAAAAAAAAAAAUACAGCCCUUGUUCUUGUUACUGAUAUUUAGUCAUUUCAAUUCAGAUUGGGUCCAAAUUUGGAUGUUUUGUCCUUGGCUCACGCACCAUCCUUCACUCAGUGUCUUGAAAUUUGGGUUAGUCUUUGUUGGACUGGUUGAAGAAGUUUUGGACUUAUGACAAAUCUUAAGUCCAGCCUGUUUCAGUCACUGUAAGUUUAGCAGACGAGCUUGACAAAAGGAAACUCUGCAAAACCCUUUUGGUUUAGUAGUAUGCUACAGCCCAGGGGAUCAUCAGCUGCUAUAGGCUCAGUGGGUGAUGCUUUAACUCUUUGACCUGUAUGGAAGUAUUUGCAGUGUUAACUGUAAACAACAACUCUGCUUUGAUAUUAACAAUUUAAUUGUGCAUCUCAGGAGUAGGGAUGGGUGAUAUGGGCUAAAAAAAUUAUCACAAUAAGUUUUGCCAUUCUGGCCAUAACGAUUCAGUUCUCGAUGAAAAAUAUUAUAAUUCCAAUCUAUAUUUUUGACUCACUGUCUUGAGAAACCCACAAACAUUGUUCUUGGAUGGCACUUAUCAGUUGGAAUAGUCAAAUAAGAUGCUUAACCACAAGCUUAAGUGCAACUCAAACAAACAAACAAACUGCAACUCUUAUUUCACAAAGUGAACAGCAGCAGCAGAUCCACUGUCCGAUGUCAGGCAUACCUGAUUGCACACGUCUAAGCCCCAAUCUUCACCACUCUCAGCCAUGUUUGUUUGUUAUUCUGCUCUGUGUGGGCUAUGGCUGCGACUCCGUCACUUGCGCCAUUAACAUGCAAUUAUCACAUUUAUCAUGAGAUGGCAAAUAAUUAUCAUGGAGGAUUAAAUCGUGAACAAUAAUUUAACGCCCAUCCCUACUCAGGAGCCAUAAUUGUGAACAGCAGUGAAAAUGUCUGCAAAGAGAGAAUGAAAAAGCCCCCGCGCCAAUGAAAUCCUGAGAGCAGCCUCCACUUCAGUCAUUCAGUAGAGCAGUGACCACAUGUCUGGAUGUCUAUAUUCAAAAUAUAAUAUCUUUUCCAUUUACAAACCAAUCAAAGAUAUUGUACAAAGUAAAUGUGUUACUGUAUAACCCAAAGACUUUUGUGGUGUACCAUAUGUAAUCUUAUGAAAGACAGUACAAGAGUCUGUUUCUUUGAGUUGAACAAUCGUUUGUUUAGUAUGCAAACAUAUCUUUGCCUCGUCUAAAAAUCAGUUACAGGGUCUGCCUCUGAAUCUAAAAUGGUAUUUCAGGACUGCUGCCAUUUCUCUGCUUCUGGGGAGCUUUUGAAAUCAGACUGUGGGCUGAUUAUUCUCAUUAGGUGGCGUACAGGAAGUGGUUGGGUUACCAUCCGGACCUCAAAGCUCUCAGACACAGAGAGGAGCGGGUCGAAGGCCACUUCAGCUGCAGCUGGUCAUUGAAAAGCGAUGCUCUGCAGCUGAAGCCACCGUUUUCAAGCACGUUCUAUAAACCAUAAAAGUAAGACUGCCAGGCUUAUAUGCGCAGAGGACGGGCUGUUAUGAUAUAUAGGGGUCAAGUGUCGGCCACAUUGUAGGUUAAGUAGUUUUCCUUUCAGCGGCGUGAGAACUGAGAAUAAGAGGGAAUGAUAAAGAGGGAGCGGUGUUAAUGCUUUUGAAAUCAGACGCUUGGUGAACCUCCACAGCAGCAUCUGUUCACCCCAGGUGUCACAUACUGUAGUAGCAUGUUAGAGAUAUUCUUAGCACUUACAAGCAUUCAGUCAUUGGGUUGAUAUAUUUCUAAAUAAGAGUGAAGAAAUGACGUCAUGUGAAAAGAGAAUUAAGGGCUGAAUAACAUGGAAAAAACCCUACAACAAAUAACUAUUGAUUUGAGUUUUAAUCACAUCAUGUGUUUUGAUAAUAAAGCAGUUUAAAGGGUAUUAUGAUUGUGACAGAAGUUAUGUUAUAUCUAGGGCUGGGCAAUAAACCAAAAAUUUACAGAUACUGAAAUUUAGGACAAUAACCAACGUCAUUUUGCCCAUGUCAAUAUAUUCGGUGUAAAAAAAGAAAUAAUAAAUUAAAGGUUGUUUUGGACAUGUGUAGGUAGGCUAUGGCCUCAUGUCCCUUUAAGACACUGUCCUACGUCAGAGACGUGACUAGACGAAGUUAAUGUGGAGUAGUUAUCGUCCAUUUAUUGUUAUCGAGGUGAACUGUUCAAUAUAUCGUGGUAUUGGUUUGAGGCCAUAUCGCCCAGUCCUAGUUCUAUCCAGUCAAGUCUAUAUUUAAACCUCAGAUUGUGGUUUUUAUUUUAAAGUUCUGAGGCUGUUUUACUCUGUUAGAUCUGUCCUCAGCAGUGAGAGUCCAGUGGAAGUUUGUCAUCAUGAUUAACAUUGCAGUAGGUUGUUCAUGAUCAUGAAUCAGGAUCAUGUAAUCCCCCAACAUCAGCAUUACCUUCAAAGUUUGUGAUGAGCUCUCUUCUUGUUAAGUAAUUACAGUCUUGUUGAGUUUUUCGGUGAGUCAGACAUGAUUCCUCUGCAUUAAUUAGCUCAGCCUCUGGAGCUGACGUGUGGCAUCUUGUCUGCAGACCCUGAUGUGUUGAUCUGAGGUGAGCAUGAGCGGACAGACUACGCAGGGCCAGAUUGUAUUCAGGGCGUUUCCCAUCUCGCUCACUGCAACAGCUGGUGGUCCCUCAUGUUGCAUUCUUCUGUGAGUGUGUGAGUGUGUAAGAGUGUGUGGGAAAACACGUGCUGUGAUACAGAAAACACUUGCUGGGGCACCACUGUGGCCACAGGCAUCCAUGAGUCGAUAUGGAGAAUGAGCAGUGUUGCAGUGCGUCGCUCUCCUCUGAGUGCCUCACUGUCAUCUUUAUCUUCUCUUUGUUACAUGCACAGAUGAAAUGUUUCACAAAUACUGACCCUGCUCCUGAUACCCUCAGUAUCUGCCUAGUUGAUUGGAUCCUGGGCUUCUACAAUCCCUCUGGGGGGUUUGGCUGAAGGGUAGAUUGGCAGCCUAAUAAAUUCUUCUUUUCAUUAGCAGCGAGCGUCUAUCUGCUGUACUUAAAUGAAAAUCCUCUUCAUCCUCUCGUCUUAUAAAGAUACACACUCUGAGAGGGUACAGGAUGAGGAGAUUUAGAUGUUUCUAUCAAUCAACUAUUUUUAUAUUGAUACAGUACUUAAUCAUACUAUUGUUACCUCUGAACACUUAAAAAAGGGACUUUCUCGACUUUUCCUGUCAUUGUGUCUGUGUUGAUCCACCAUGAGAACACAUGCUUGGCAAUUUCAUAUAUUUGGAUCCAUAAUAAGAAUCUAAUUUUAGUUACAUAACUAGACCCAGGUAAGGUCGCACCAUUAUUGAAUUAAUAAAGUAUCUAUCUAUCCAUUUAUCCAUCUAUCUAUCCAUCCAUCCAUCCUCUGGCUCAUUGUGUUCAGAGCUCAUAGCGCCUUAAAUACGCAAAGAUCUGCAUAAAACAUUCAUUUAUUUGCAGCGUUGCCUACUGCCCCAUCGACACUUAGAAACCUGUUGAUUACUUGAUACUGAGAUCAGACUACAUGAACUUUUACUCUGUUAUAAUGGUCACUGCCACAUUAAGUAAUCAUAGAGCCAUAACCCAUGCCCUGCCUUGAAAUGAUAGAUUCUCUUUUACCUUCGCCAUCAUGUUUGUUCAUGUCAUGGCUUUUUCUCUUGUGUAGAGCGCUCUAUGUUAUCACUGGACUGUAUCACUGAUUCCAGACUUUCUUAAGAGCCUGUGAGCCUUUUCCAGAUGGGGCUUUGAUUGUCCUUCAUAGCGACACACUACAUGUGAUAUCCAAACUGAUUUUUAGUGCUGACAGGUCCCAACACCCUACAUCUGCAGGGUGUAAAUGUGCUCAUUAUAUGUAGUGUGACUUUGGAGUGACUUUUUUGUGGUUUUGCACUGUUUUUUUUUUUUUUUUUCUUUUGUUAUGCCACUCCAGCCAAGACAAGGAUUAUGUCAACACUGUGCAGCAGUGGUGAAAAGGUGUAAAAGAUAAGGAUUUCUAUGAGUAUAACUGUCUGUAAUCAUCAAGGGAGUCUUUUGUGCUUAUCAGUCUCAAUGCAAUAAUCUUUACUAUGUGCAUGUGGUUCAAGUUCACUGUCUGUAAGAUGGUUUUGCACUUUUUUUCUGAAGUCAAGAUAUAUUGACAUAUUGAUGAUUAACUUAAAAAGAAAACAGCAAUAGAAAAACCAAGUAAAGCUUUCCUAUAAUCAAACAAAAUUGGGGGUUUGCAAUACUUGAAUCACAAUAAUCUCUGGAGGUUUGUGUAAAAUACUGUAUCCAGAUUUCCAACAAGUUCAGGUAAAAUAUUUUGAUUUUGUCUGGGUAGAGGAAGAGUUCAGACUCAACCAGAAAGGUUAUCGUCCCCAAAUGAUCAAGCAAAGGAAACAUUUGAUUACAUCAGGAAGAUUAGUCCCUGUGUUGAUAUCAGAAGUCAGCAUCCAGUACAUCAGAAGGGUUAAGAUUAACCCUCACUGAUGUAAUCCCUUUUGGAAAUCUAAUCUGCUUACACUGAGCCAGAGGAAGGCAUGCAGUAUUAAACCCAGAGGGUGUGGUUUUUAUUGUUCAGAUGCAGCCCUCAGCCCGGGGACAGUUGUGUUUUGCUAUGCCAUCAGCCCUUGGUUUCAUUCACAGCCCCUGUUCUUUACCCAGCCCCCUGAGACCCCUCAGACCGGCCUCCAGACAAAACCUUAAACCCCCAGCUGCCCUCUUCUAUAUCACUGCCACAGGCACUGUUCACAAGAGGUUCAGGAGAGAUGCUUCAGUAAUUUAUUGCCACACCCAAGUGAACUGGAAUAUGAAGCCACAAUGUUUCUUAUGUGGCAUUUCCUUAAGACUCACAAGUUUCUCACAAGACCUCUGCAAAAAUGUACAUGUAUGCAGAACCUUUAGGUAAUGGACAGUCCUUACAAAAAACCUCCUGCAGUUUCAAGUCAAACUGCUCAACAACUUUGCCCUGACUGUUGGUGCAAAAACAGUUUGUGUGAAGAGCUAAAGGGGCUGAAUGCGUUUUCCAAAAUCUAAUCCCAGAGCCCAUCAUUAAGGCAAUAAUUGAUCUUUUUGUUAAUCCCUGCGUUUCCUGUGAGGGCAGAUUUCAUUUACACCAACUUUUUUGAUGCCUGACUUCCCAUUCAGAUCCACCUAAAGGCCCUUGAAGAUUAACUUUUCCUCUUGGUUGUUGCUAUUGACUCUAUAGCUGCAAAGGUUGCAUUGGUCAUUGCAUCUGAAGGAGGCAGGACCACCAAGCAUGCAGACAAGUGGGAAAAAUGUGUCUCAGUAAGAGAUACACAAGAUCCUACAGGCAGCAGACACCUGCUAGAAAGCAGCCAACAUAUUAGGUAGACAGUAUAUCAGCGUUCUUACAGCUAACUGCCUGUUGGCGGUGAAAAUGAGCUAAUCACCCUGGGGUUAAAUCCUUGUCUUGAUUCAUUUCUGUCCUAUUUGUAGCAUUUUUUACAUCGACUGUGUCAUAACUGGAUAAAGUGUUGGUAAUGCCAAUCAUUUGUUUGUGAAGUAGAGUUUUGAAGCUUUCGCUGAGGGUUGUCAUUUGAGUAAUGUGGACUCAAUCUAACUUUCAUUGACCUAAGAGAGGUGGGCCACACAGUGGGUGCUGUGACAGCCUUGAGCUAUUCAAACCAAUAUCCUUUUUUUGAACCAGGCUAUCAACAUUUUUCUUCUCGCUCUGACAACAGGCUUUUGAGCUUGGUGUGUAUGGUUUUCAAUGCUUCUGUAACCACCCUCAAGUGGGCACAAGAGGAAUUGCAGUUUUAGCAUUUCUACAUCGGCUUCAUUUUGUAAGACCAGAGGUUUCUGCUUGUUUUGGUUUGUAUUUUUGCACCGUGGGCUAGAGAGCAACGCCUUUUUUGAUUCCAUUACUCCAAACUGGAAUAAUGGACAUUAAAAGGCUUGAAUCUUGUUUUUUAGUGAGGGGGGGAAAGAAAAAUAAUGAAAGAAAGAAUCUGAGAUUUUGUUGAAGGCCAUAUUGCCCAGCUCUAAUUUUCAGUCUGCAUAUCAAUAGAAUAUGUUUAGAUACAGGGUAAAGUGGUAUACAGGACAUUGAUAUUGAUGAUAAUUAAAGUCAGAUUUACAGUUCUGUCUGUUUGACAGCUGUCUAUAUUUAGUCCUUGAUGCUCUGGCUGCUGGAUGGUUAAAUGUGUUGGCCCAGUUGCUAGAAACAUAAACCCUUUUGCCUCUAACAGCCAGCCACCUCCCCCUGGACAGUUGCUUUUGGACCCUGAAGAGUUAUGCCAGCGAUCUGCUUGACUCACAGGUGGAGCAUUCCCUUUCUGGAAGAAAUGCGUCUGCAUUUGUCGGUGGGCUUUCUGGGUUGAGCUGUGGCUUUGGAGGUUCUGGCAACUGUCCUACAGUCCCCUUAAACAGAAUCCUGAAUGUGGCUUCAUCGCCUUUACAACAUUUGAUUUGUUUUGUUUGUUUUCAAGAUCAGAACUGAAUCAAUUAUUCCUGCUAAGAAGGACUGCGUGGUCAAUAAGUGAUCAAUAUCAUUUGCACAAUUGUCAAGAUAACAUCCGAGGAAUUGAUUGAUCAAACGGAACCAGCUCAGCUGUUUUCCUUGGCUGCCAAUCCAGCUAAUGGACUCUGAGUUCACUUGUUUGUACUCGUGGAUAACCAGUCUGUAGGCUCACACUAAGUCAGCCUUCCUUCUCUUAUUGUGUGUAGCAGGGCUCACUGUAGUGCAGAGGGUUAAUCUGAUCCUCAAGUUUAUCAGCAGUGAAGGGGAUUGUCAGGGUGUCAGUUUAGAUCCCCAUAGAUCGGACGAGUUCAAUCCCCUCAGGCUACUAAAGAGGAGGUGAGAGUGAGAGCAAUCUCAAGAUUCCUGAUUGGGUCAUUGAUUAUUUCCAGAUCAUGCUGCCUGCAAUUGUUUCUGUCUCUGUUAAAUACCUAUUGGCAUUAAUGGCAUGAAGUGAUGAAUGGCAGCAAAUUACAAUUGCAUAUAUUUUGUGAGUGACAUGCUUUAUUUUAAUUUCUUCUUGUGCUGCAAAUCAACCUUCCAACGCUUGCUCUACUACCACUCCUCUAAGGCCCGUAUACUUCUAUGACAGUGUUUGCUCAGUUAGUCUGCUCUGCUCCUUCCGUUCUUCAUGAAUUUGUAUUAGAAAAAGAGCCAACAGUGUUUCUCCUGUUGAAAAAAGCUCACUUCAAAUUUCGAUAUUGGGAUGUUGGCGACAGUAAAAUCCUCUUGAGUCUCCUGCUGAUUAAUGAAAAGCCGAGGGAAAGUAAUAAGGUUGAAGAUUAAACCGUAAUACCUCCAAGGCAUGUUUGCCAGCCCCUCAGUAUGAAGUCCGCUCACUGUCUGGGGCAGAUAAAGCUGGCUACUGGUCGAUUUCAGAGUAUUACCAUUAAACCCACAUCUGGGCACUUUUUGUCAGGUUAAAAUCAAUUUGUUUGGAUCAUUUAUUUUACAUUUGACCCACUAAACUACAGAAUUCAAGAACCAGUUAAAUAUGUUUGGGAAAAUCUCGUGUCUUGUAAGAUGUUCCUCUCUAGGACAGACCUCAAAUGUUUCAUUCUUAUUUUUGACAAAUCUGUAUCAUGAAUUUGUUUUACUUUUUCAAGUUCAAGGCUUGUAAAUUGUUAGUACAUGACAAAAAAAGACAGUUUCUUAUAGGGCUGGGCAAUAAACCGAAAACUUACAGUUACUGAAAUUUCCGACAAUAACCGAUGUCAUUUUGCCCAUGUCAGUAUAUUCGUUGUCAAAAAAAUUAAAUAAAUUAAAGUUGGUUUUAGAUGUGUGUAGGUAGGCUAUAGUCUCAUGUCCCUUUGAGACGCUGUCCUAAUUCAGAGACGUGACUCCAUCCCAUCCAGUCCGUAACAAAGAGGGAAAGACAGAUGAGGAGAUGGAGGACGGUUCAAAAGUUGUAGCAGCUGGAGCAGCGGCUGAGGUAGACAAAGUUAAUGUGGAAGGGGGUGAGCAGUUUGUGGAGUAGUUAUCGUCCAUUUAUCGUUAUCAAGAUGAACUGCUCAAUAUAUCUUGAUAUUGAUUUGAGGCCAUAUUGCCCAGCCAUAGUUUCUUACCUGGUGCAGAAGUAAGCCAGAGUGAAGCCCAAGCAACAAACAGUCCACAGUCUGCUUAGAGCUUCUUGAAAUAGAGGCACCCCUCAUUGGGAUGUAAUGGACCAAAAUUGAAGCAUAACUUUUAAUUGAAAAAGGAUAUGAAGUCAAGUUUGUUCAACGGGACAUCAGCUGAUACUAACACCAGCCCAUGUCAGCUGACAGUUCAGCUGAUUAUGUUAUAUAUAGUCACUUUACAUAUGUCCAAAAUGUGCGUAUACUAUAUACUCUUUGUGUUCCUCUGCUUUUAAACUCCCAUCCCAGCCGUCUUUUUCUGCAGUACAUGUAUUCUCACAGAGGCCUGCACUCUGCUGUACUCAGGGAUCUUUGCUGCUGCUCUUCCAGCUUUGUCCUUUUAUUAAUCUAAAUGAAACAGGGGAGGUGUGCCCUUCCUUCUUUGCUGCUUCUCUUCCUACCUUGGUUUUUCCCAUAUGUACAUUAAAACAGGGACAAAAGUGGUCUGGACUGAAGUGUCAAUUAUGUUGCAGAUAUAAACACUGCACAGUAAAGGAGGUCUUGGCUGUAAGCCAUUGAACGCUUCACCAGAAGUACUAAAAUGUGGGUGAUCAUUUUAAACUACUAUUGGCAAAUAAAUCUGAAACAUCGCCAGAAAAUAUGGAAAUGCAAACAGUCAAGUUCAGUAAAAGCAGUGCAACUACCAGGGUAUUCUUCUUUUUUGAGACCUUCAGUGUUAAAAUAUGUAACAGAGACUUUCUAAUCCCUUUUUUUGAUGUGUACCUGCAGUGUCACUCAGACAACAAGAAGCAAACAGAUUUUUUAGGAUGUUUUGUUUCUAGUGCCCUUUCUUAAGAGAUGAAAAACUAUGAAGAGAAAGAGUCUCCCACUCAGAGAGGCAUCUUUUUCUAAGUUCAGCUAUUAAUGCAAACACUCCACUUUCAGUUCAACAGUAACCCAACAGGAAACGCUGAUCUCACUCUGUGUGAGAAUCAUCCGGAAGACCAGUAUUGAACCUGAAAAGUGGCUUUAAAUUACUCUGAUCCCUGGCUGAGAGAUGCCCUUCAAACAAACUCUUCCAAGCCCGUGAGAGAGGCUGCUCUCACUGUUUUUAUUAGACAAAGAGAGGAGAGGGGAUGUAAACGGCUCUGUGCUGAACUGUAUAAUUUAGUAAGGACCUUGGCUCGUGGACAGAGUUUGACAUAAACCCCUGAUUUUUGUGCGUCUGCUCCAAAUGCAGCAGCUGCAGCAGAAAGAGGAGGAAUUAUUUAGAUUGUCUGACCGGUUUGAACAGGACAGACGAAAAAGUCUGCCUCAUUUCCAUCAUCCAGAAAAAAACAACAUGGCUGCUUAUUAUGAUAAAGCCGAGAUAAUUGACGUGAGUAACCCAGAGGCCCUGUGGAAAUUGUUUUCAUGCUGGAUUUGUUCGUGUCCCCAGAAGGCAGUAACUAAAGUGAAAUGCGGCACCAAUAACAAGCGAUCCAACUCGUUUUUCUUGUGAUGAUAAGUAAAGAGACAAUCACAUCUAAUGCUGGUUUAUUACUACUUUCUGGAGAUAAACACAGAGGUCCAAUCUGCAUAAAAUAUCAUUGAUUCUGAACUUAUGCUUUAAAAGAAAUUUGCUGCAGAUUAAACCUCUCCUUGACGUUUCCGUCUUUCUUUCCAUUAAGUGUUUUUAUGAGUAAAGUGGCUUCCAUCUCUAAAUCAAUCAUCUCUAACUUACAGACGGUGUCGUUUGGGACAGUUGUUGAAUAUCUAAAUAGCUGGAGCUUAUUUUGGGCUCAAAGUCUUCUUUCUACUUCCUUUGUUCCAUCCUCCAGAACAGUACUAGUCAGACUGUCCGGAUGGAGCAGGAGCAGUCCAGCAGUCUGGGGGGCUAACCAAACAGAGUACAGUGGGGUGAGUCUGGAUGUAAAGGGGAGUAUAGAGUUUCACAGCGGUUACAGCACAGCUGACCACACAGUGAGCGAACACGAAGAACAGACACAAACACACUAACCACAUCGUUACAGCCCUGACAGCUCGACACUUUUGUCUCCUGUUGUCAAUGAAGUUAUUCAGUUUCACAGCCACAUCUGAACUUUACCUGCAUGCUGCUGAUGGUAAUAACACAGAUUUCUCUCUAGUCUAAAGGAAAUGAAACCGACUUUAAGACGCCCUUUUUUCAGAUUGUUUUCACUUCUGCAAGAAUCAUUUUCAUGUCAGCGCUGUAGUACAAAGACAUGUCUGAUAUCACUGUUUAUUCACUGCAGGGUCACUACUACCACUUUACGAAGCUGUCAAACUUUCCCAAAGAAGUAAAGAGCCCUUUAAAAGAUCUGUUUUAAAGCUUCAUUCAUUCAAGUCUAUUUGUGCACCCCGAAGUGUUAUACAUUCAGUACGUUUACAUGACACUCAAGAAAAUCGAAUUAUUGCCUUACUCUGAUUAAGACCGGACAACUGAAGUGCAUGUAAACACCUUAGUCUGACUAUAAUCAGAGUUUGAGAACUCCAAUUGGAGUCGGAGAACUUCGAUUAAGACACCCAGUUAUUGCGAUUGGAAUUUCUAUUUUCUCUACCAUGUAACCAAUGUAGUUGGAGUCUGAUUGUACAAUGCAUGUGCACGUGCGCCACGCCCCUGUAACCCCGGAACAAAAACACCAGAGAAGAGGAGUAGUGUACACCUCAUCUACAGAAAAAGUAGUGCACACAUCAUGUACGACAAAAACAACGCUGUACGAUGCUCCGUGUUCUUGCUUGAAAAUGCCCAGCAGCAGUUGUAACCACUUCUGACGUCCGGCACAGACUUGCUAUGGGGUCAACCAGAAACAGCGCCGCUGGAGAGACCCAUAGUUUCGGGGAAAAAGACACGUUCAUGUCAAUAAUUCGAUUUUCUUAGCUACAUGUUUAAGAGGACAAGGUGAGAAGUCAGAUUUGGUGAAAAAAACAACAAUAAAAAAGGAAUUAUGAGCUCAGUCCGAUUAAGCUGUGCAUGUAAACGCACUGACUGUCAACCAUUUGAGACAGCAGUCAGAGUAUUAGUCAUGCACCUGACUUGACAAACUUCAUGAUGAACCUCUUUCUUAAUGUCCUGUUCUUCAUGUCUGUGUUGAUUAAUUCGGAAAUAUGAAAUUACGCUGACACCCAUUGAUCUGUGGGGGUUAAACUGGCAGAAUAAUAAGGGCCUGGUGUUUACUAUGGUGGUUUUAGCCAUAAAUUAAUAUGGAAAAGCACCUUUAGCUGCUAACAAGGCUUUACCUGUGCAACAUAAAAGGCUGAUGCUCAAAAAGUGCAAGGCUGUAACGUAGAGGUCAUCAGAAAAUAUAAUGAAGUGUUUUUAGAUGGUGGUUUUUGGCAGUGAUCUGCUAAAAUAAGGAAGCUACUGGAGUGUAACAGCCCGUCUUUAUUCAACCCAACACUAUGAUAUCCUGUUUGAUUUUGGUUGCUUAUUUUAUGUGAUUUGAUAACAUAUAAGUUAAUUUUGACUCCAGCAUUAUGAACUUUUCAGAAGAAAACGUGUUCUUAGCUCAAAAGUUCUGGACCACAUGAGUCUAUCUUAAGUUUUCGAAAUAGCAGCAGACCAAAAAACCUGCACUCUGACACCAAGUGUUAUUGAACAAGCUUCGUGAAAUUGGUCUGGGGAGUUUGUUACCUGCAGACAGCUGGGCUACAGCGCCUGUUAUCCCAAGUUCAUUGUCAUAGAGACAGACAGAUGGUAGAUGCUCAAGUCCUCCAGGUGCCCACCCCCCAACACACGCAAGCACGCACGCACGCACACACGCACACACACGCACACAUUAUAACACAAAUGAUACCUCCCACCAGGUUGAGCCCACAAGCUACGCAGCAGGCUUAUUAUUACAGCAUCAUGGUUUCACAUGAAAGUGGUCGAGUGCAAUAUGAGAAACAGGCCAGAAGUUGUUGUUAUUGUUGGUGUGCAUGUGGGUGUGUGCCCCAGACUUUCAGUGGUCUCCAUUAGCUGAACAGUAGUGGGAUCAAGUCUGUUUGUCCAGCUGCUGAAUCACCCCCUACCAGGCUCAAACACACACACUCCUACACUUUUGCACUGGUUUGAGUCCCUCCCAAACUCAGACAAACUUCAACUCUUAACGUUCACUGCUAUAAUCAUGGCAAAAGUCUUGAAACUAUUAUUUCAUACAUUUAUCUUUCUUGUAUUCCCCUCCACACAUCGGCUUUGUUUCUUUGUGUCCAACUUAAGUGGAUUUUUCUUUCCCCCUCUUUCUACAGAGGCAUUUCUCCAUAGCCCAUGUCCGUCUGCCUCCCUCUCCUCCCUCCGUCCCUCCCCCCUGUCAUUCUUUGCAUCUUUUCUUUUUCAAGGGGUCCACAGUUUGACCCCAGUUGCCCUUGACACAUUCAUUUCUAUAGCUUCAGCCAAUCAAUACAGACUCCUGUGGCCCGGUGUCAGAUGUUUGGUCCACUAAUUGAAACCAACAACAACCCAAGGCCGGUGAAAAUGAGCGUUUUGUGUGUGCAUGUGUGUGCUGGAUUGAUGAAUGAGGAGGAUGGAGGAUCUGCCGCAUUCACAUGGUGAUCACCCCUUCAUCAGCUAUUGUUGAGUGCUUGGUUUUUGCAAGAUUAGCGAGAAAAAUUGUACCUUUGUCAUGUCAGUGUAUGACAGCAAGAUGAAUGUGGGUUUUGAAAUUUACAUGCAUGGAUGCAAAAAAAAAAAAAAGUAAUAGCAUCUUCCUUCAAGGUCAAGGCUGUCCCUUGUCUCAUUUAAGCUAAAUCUAUAAACUGAUCCAAACCAACACUUUAGUGUGUUUCAGUGCUUUUGUCCUGCCCCGUCGCUUUUGUGCUUACUCUACCAAAAAAAACAAUCCAAAUUAUAUUAUUUCUGUUUUAUUUCAGGUAAAGUUGAUAUUCUCCUAAAGUGUUGGGAUGAGUAUCCACUAAGCUGGCUUCACCAUACAAUUUUUAAAAAGUUUAUUGCAGAGUAAAAUAGGUGAGUUUAAGUCUAAGUUUAAAAAAAAGGCGUGUUGUUAUAAAAAGAAAAAGUGUUUCUUGUGGUGCUUUAAUUUUGUAACUGCCUCACACCUAAGGUCCUUUUUUCCUGUUUUGAUUAUUAGCAUACAUUUAUUUUGAAAGGACAAGACAGAUGUUUCUCCAAGAUUUAAUAGUUCUGUGGUAGAUGGAAACAGCCAAAACAACGACAAACAGAUAAUAAUCUUGUACACCAUUGUCACUUUGUCCGUAACGUUGUUGGUAACGUUGUUGGUAACGUUGUUGGGGACGUUGUUGGGGACGUUGUUGGUAACGUUGUUGGUAACGUUGUUGGUGACGUUGUUGGUAACGUUGUUGGGAACAUUGUAUUGUUGUUGGCGAUGUGGUCUGUAAUGUUUCUGUUUUACCUACAGAUCAGUAGUGGAUACUUCCAAGAAUUAAGUUGUCCUCUUAUUUUUUAUUGAUGGAUUGAUGGUAAUUCUCUGUGGGAAAAAUAUCUAAAGGAUUUUAAAUUUUGUCGGGCCACCUAGAUAUUGUUUUGGAAGGAAACAUUAGUGGUGCUUCCUAUACUGCUAAAACCGCCUCUGCUGGCGUGUCUGUUCGCCUCAGACCAAAGAGAUGCAAUGACACCAAAUGCAAUGCAAGAGGUCAAACACAGAAAACUCCCUCUUCAGUUCAAAAAGGGUUAUGAUACUAAUUUUGAUCUUGCUUAUUCCAGAGGUAAUUUUUGUGUGCUGUUUUCUCUUGUCAUCUCUGAUACGUCUACGUACACAGUUUUGAUAGGGAGAGUCUACAUUGUCUUACUUCUGGUUGAUAAACGAUGAAUUUGAAUUCGGAUUUCUAAAGAUAAAAUGGACUGGUGAAGGUUGGUGGUUCUAACUGCACACAGCCUACAUACAACUACAUAUCCAUUUUUUUGAAACAGUGAUGAACAGUCAUGCCACAAAAUGCAAUCUGUAUUUUUCGCUUUUACAUGCCAGGGUCAGUUGUAAAAACUUAAGUGUGAGGGUGACAUAUUAAUAAAAAGCCAAAUUGUGCAGUAGUGCUUUGUUCACUUAUGAAAUGAAGUUUUUUGAAAAUAUUGGAGCCUUUUGACUCAGAGGAAAAGGACAUGCAUGACUUUCAUUGCUUGCAAAAUGCAAGACAAAGACAUUAACAGAUUCUCAAAUGGUAUAUUGAAUAUAUCGAGCAUGUUUGUUUGAAAGCAUCGCAUUUUAGGGAGCAGUGGAGAUGAAACAGGCUACUGCUCUACAAUUUGAGUUUGAAAUUAUUGGCAAACAUCAAGGAAUUCCUGGAUGUGACUGUUACUUGAUUGUGUGUCUCGGGGUUAAGGAUGAUAAUUAACAUGCAUGAUUUAUGCCUCAGUGAUGAAUAUAACACAGGGUAAAUGGUCUUUAGGUCUUUUCAUUACUUUCUUUUUGUUGUCUGGUCAUGACCUUGUUUCAGCUGUUAGCUAACUUGGAAGAAUACAGACAGGCGUUUGAAAGUUCAUGGCUUGUGUAUUAAUAAAGCUGUAAAGUGUGAAGAGGAACUGAAAUUCACACAAGCUCGUGAUUUAUAACCUUAUGCUGUUGGAUUGGUGGGCGUCAUGAUAGUUUAUUGCUCAUAAAAAUAUAAAGCACUUGAAUAAAUGAUGUCGAGGAAGUCUUUCAUAACAGCUCUUACACCCAUGUUGCUGUACCAGCCAGCUGCACUUGUGAGCGAGUCUGCUGACAAAAGAGGAUGCAAAUGGGCAAUGAAGAAGCCUUUUAGCUUUUUGUCUGUGUGAGCAGGCAGGUGACGACAGCACCAUGCAACUGUUGCUCUGAUAAAUGUAGAAAACAGCUCAGAGCGGAUUUAGUGAAGUGAGGGUGUAAAUAAUUCAAGUAGACAGUAAUGUUGGUUUCACCAUCAAGACUCCUGCAAACCACUUGCAUGGUUUAAUUUGGGUUUUGAAUGAACAGAAAAAUAAUGUUGCCUUGGUCGUCGUGAAGUGUUAAAAAAAAAAAAAAAAAGGGUGGUGGGGGGGUGGGGCUGGAACGGCGUUCAAAGCUACUGUAAUUAAUCCCAAGCAUCAGUCAGACUGUUCUCAUUAAUAAUGCAUUUCUUAGCAGCAGUCCUGACAGAGGGAGUGGAUUCAAGUCUUUAUUCAAAGAUUCAGCCACAAUGCCAGGCAACCCUCAGAGCCAAUCUGCUUUACCCAAAAUCCAGCAAGAACAUGUUUCACUUUCAGCCAGGCUUAAGCUUUGAAACAAAGCAGCAAACAGGCUGGAGGGCACUUAAAUCAAAAUCAGAGUGAAAUCAAUGCCAGUCCAAACUCCCUCCUCCUGAAAAUGUACUCACAAGAAUGUUCAGUUUAGGGCAUUUCUUAGACUUCAGUCACACCAGAGCCUGAAAAGAAGCUACCGAUACACUUUAAAGUUGUAUCAGCAUUAAACUCUGCAACUUUAUUUGUCUUAAUCCGUGCAAAGUUUGCAGCAACCAUAGCAGACGGAAUGAAAACUUUCAAACUGCAUGUCGUCCAGUAUGUGGUAACACAGGUGACAGAUUCUUCAGGCCAUAUUUAAGUCUUAUAAGUAAACUGUUAGAUUUCUUUCCUUAUUUUUGUAAAAAUAAACAUUAUUCUGCAAAAUAAAAGGCCAGCACAGAUAACUGUCUCUCACUAAUAUCAGCUUUCUUAAUGUUAAACCCCAAAUUAUUUGGGGUGGGAAUCACCAUCGAUCCCACAAUACGAUAUUAUCACGAUACCUGGGCCACGAUAAGAUAUUAUUGCGAUUUUUAACAUUUUGCAAUACAGUGAAUAUUGCAAUACAAUAUAUUGCGAUUUAUGCAAUGUUUUCAACUGUUAAUUGAAAAACGGCUAAUUAAGCAUUUGUCUUUUCUCUAUGUUUGUCUUAUUUACAAAGUAUUUUAUUUUCAUGUAGCACAUCUUUCAAACCGUAUGUGUCAGGUCCAUCUCACUUGUGCCCUGCUGACAUUCUUAAUGUCUUUCUUCAGGUGCAGUUAUAUUUGUUGCACUAACUGUCUCCUGUUCUAUGAUGUCACCUUUGCCGACCUCACUGGACAAACAGUUGACUUUAUUUUUCCAUUAUCAUAGAUUUGACUUCAUAUUAGCAAUUAAUUUGAAAAAAAUCGAUACUUGGCAAAUGAGACAAUACGAUAAAUCACCAGACAAAAUAUCGCAAUACUAUGCUGUAUCGAUUUUUUCUCCCACCCCAACUAAUUAUAACCAAAAAGUACUGUUGUGACGUGAAUAGCAGUAUUGUGGAAAAGUGAUACCAAUGGAUUUUGCUGUCAACAGUGGCGAAGAAGUGCAACUACUACGGCACAGCAAAUCCUGGCACAUAUGUGCGUAAAGCUUCUGCAGACGGCAAAACUCUCACUUGAAUGUUUAUGAUGCUGUUAGGCACCGAAAAGUGGGAAUGAAAUUCAUGUGCCUGAUCAAAUCCACAAAUCUCAAGCCAAAGCUGUGAAUCUGUAGAUCUUUACUGGGGCAUAUUUACCUCCCAGUUCAGUGACCUAAACAGCCUUCAAUCAGAUCAUUAAUCCACAAAACUUUUAAUAUUUCAAAUUGUGAAAUGCAGAGACGUGAUUGAUUUUGCAUGACUCAUUUUUGCUGAGGCUGCAAAAUGCAAAGAGUAUGAAGGAGCUGGGUAAUUUAGAUGAACAUUUAUUUUUCAUUGACCAGUGCUUCAACUGGUUCUCUGUGAUGUAUUUCAAUCCCACAUGAAUUAAUGAUGAAUAAAUGCUGAAUCUUUAUCUUCAACCCAAGCCAUGCCUCUUGAGCUCAGCUAGUUUUAAAUUUUUUAAUAUCUCCUUCAAAGAAAAAAAACAGGAUUUCACAGACAAGGUGACUGUAUUUGAUGACGAAGCAUCAUAAAGUGGUAAACGAGGAUGAUAAAGUGGUUGUACUGUAGUAUGCUGGGAGGUUACUGGUGUGUGUUGACUCUGGAUGAGGCUGCAGCCAGUGUGGACCAGUUCAGGACUGUGUUUGUCUUUCGCUGCUCUGAGCACAGCCACAACCAUGAGGGCGGCGAGCUCUCUGUAGAGCGCCAGACUUUCAGCUUUGAUCCUGAUCUUUGCUUCCACAGCCGCUUUUGUUUGAGAGUUUUAUGUUUCGUUCUCAGAGAUUUUGGCCUUCUUUUGUCCAUUUCUGUUGUUGGAGUUUGCUCUCGCCUUCUCUGUCUGUCUCUUUCUUUCUCAUUAUCACACCCACCCAGAAGCACACACCACACACACACACACAUUCACACACUCUCACACACUUCUUUGUAGUUCUCGCCCCAAAGCCCCAGCCCAUUUUUACCCAUCUCUCCCUUGGUUAAACCCUCGAGUUUGAUCAAUCAUUGAUGAUCCCAGGUGUCCUGAGAGCUCAAGGGAAAUCCCGAUUGGCUACACCUCCCCCCCACCACACACACACACACACACACACCUUCUGCAUCCCCCUCCCAGCCCCCUCCUUUCUUUUCAAGAUCAGAGUUGCUCGUUCCCGUCUCCCCAGUCUCUCCCUCUCCUUUGCUGUUUCUUAUCUCGCCCUCUCCUUUCCCUCCCCACUGGACGGUGGAGAGCCAGCUUCAAUUAAAGAAGCGGUGGGGUUCCCUAAGCCAUUAGCCAUAUUAGUGUUGGGUCCGUGCCCGUGCCCCUCCUCGAACAAAGACCCCUCAAAGCUUCCUGGUGCAGUUUGGUUGGCAUUUGUCUAGAUGGACUGAUUUGUAGCCUCACACCCUCUUGGAGACGCAGUCGGUGGCACUGCCCGGCCCUCUUAUAAUGAAGCAUAUUGUCUGUGAAGCCCCCGUCAUGUUUAAUUGUGCUUUAACCCUUUGAACUCUGAAGAGAAAUGGUCAAAAACUGCCUGCAGUGCUUUGUUUGCUUAUUGUGAUGUCCUGACUUGGAGUAUUUUCAAAUGCAUUAACUAGAAUCUACACACCCUAUGAUAAGAGGUGCUGCAAAUCCAGAGAUGGUGAAGUUGAAAUAAAACCACAUAUUAAAAAAGUCAGAAAAGCAAAGUGUUGAAACGUCAGUGCAGUGUUUUAAGGCUCAUUUAUGUUCGCCAUAUGAAAAUGGACACGUCUGUUAUGAUAGUUCCAUCACUGCCCACAUACUUCCAUGCGCCCUUUACAUUGGCAUGGAUGUUAACCAUUACAUCCACUGGGGCGCAGGCCGGAGUCAAAAGUUUCUGACAACAACAACAAACAAAAAGAAACAUGGUGACUGUGGAGGAGCUGGUGAUAAUGUCUAUUUUGCAUAAGAGACAGAAAUGGAGGCUUUGUUGAAGGCGGUGGUUGGUCAGGCCACUAAACACAUCGUGGUUGGAGGAUGGAUAAUUCUUUUCUCUAGUACUACCAAUGAGAGAAGUUGACGACGAUCCUCAAAAAGCCCCCCAGCAACACUGCCCCCCACCUGGUUUCCGGUGGUACUGCUCUGUCUGGUGCGCAUCUGUAUACUUCAAGGAUACAUGCAGGAAUACAGACGAAAAGAACGUGAAGCACAGACAGAGAGCUCUGUGCGUAUCUGGAUCCAUAUGUAACAUUGAGCAUAAAUUAGCCUUUACUGUGAUUACUGUGUUCAUUCACUGACUCCAGGGAUUCCUGGUUAAUACACUAGCAUUUGCACUCUUCAGGAGUUCCAGUUUGGCUGCUUUCAUGAAGAUCUUGAAUGGAUAAAGCUGUUCCCCAUGAUGGUAGGGUGUAUGACUGUCAAAAAGCAGGUUUUCAUUGAAGCAGCUGAUUGCUGACAUCGGUCUGAUUAGCUGCACCUGAGUCCUUAGUGCACUUUUCUGUUUGACAGAAUGAACAGAUAUCUUUUGACUUUUUUUAGUGUGCCAUUCAAAAGCACAGUGGUGUGAUUUUCCAUCAUGGCGACUGUAGGUGCAGCAGUGGCCAUGAUUCACCAUGAUGUUUGCAAUCAACAAAGAUAAACGCGCUAGUGCUAGAGUUAUCACAGUGGAUAUUACGAGAGCUGAUUACCGAAAUAACAUUGUUGGUGAUUAUUGGAUAAACAUGACAGGCGGCUGAAAAGGGAAAUCUUAGGUGAUUAAUGACAUGCAGGAUCCCCUCGCUGCUCUCCUGAGGGUUUUAUCAUAUGUUUAACCUUCUGCAAUGAUUCCUUUGUCCUCGAUCACAAUCACACACCUCAGACCUUCAACACGAGCCGGGCACCAAUCAUCAAUCAUCUUUGAUUUCCUGCCAGACGUUCAGAUAAAGUCUGAGAGUGGGGAUACUGUGCAAGUGUGUGUGUGUGUGUGUGUGUGUGUGUGUGUGUGUGUGUUCAUUGUGUGGACAUCCGACUUUUAGGUCCGUGUUCCUGAGCGAGAUGGAGAGAGCACAGUCUAUUAAGCAUUUGACAAUUGAAGACCUCCCACUCUAAAAGACCUGCUCAGAUUGUCCUCUCCCCCAAUCCCAGCGAGCGAGAAGGAUUGGGGGGGUGCGAAGGCGUGUCUCCGAGGGGCGUCCAUUUUCUUUGUAAUGAAGCUGUCCGUCACACGGCUUGUUGACAGAAGGCCAGGAUAUCACGCCCACCUGCCUGCACCCUAAAAACCACCAGUUUGGCAGCUAAAUGAGCUGAAGGUUGAAUACAGAGCGGAGGACAGGAGACGAUCAUAAUAUUGCGACUGUGGUGAUGAUUGUGAAAGGGCUCCACUUUCUGUACUGUAUCGGGGGUUACUCAUCAGCUGAGUGUUUUCCACAGCAGCGCUCUUUUUACAGAAUUCCCGCUGAUCCGUCAGAGUUGUGUUUACUAGUCAUUUCUCGGAAAUUAACAUGACAUCACUUAUUUCUGUACAAGGUUUUCACUCCACCAUGACACAUUCCUCAGUGGACACGGUCCAAGGUGUUAAGAUGGGCGUUUCUACCGUGAGUAAAGACCACACUGGGACCAGGAAGUACCCUCCACUAGCUACCUAAUGAGCUAAACCCCUGUAGGACUGUAGAGUGCAAUCCAGAGUAAAAUGUGAAUUAGGAACGCUUGUCACUGGUCCCUUUUUGGGGAUUCAGCAGGAUUAUGUCUGCUUGGGUGCCCUGGCUGCACAUGAAACGAGUGUUUGCAUGCAUGCACACUGAGGUGUCCUGCUAGGCUGCUGAAAAAGGAAAGGCUCAGUGUGGUUGUGUUGUUUUUCUGUGGGCAGGUAGCUCCAACGAUCAAGGAAAGACAAUUGCCAGCAAAAACAGAAAAGGCCCCCAAACACAAGAAUCAUAGAAGAUCAUGAUGAAAAUAUUGUUUUUAUUUAGAGGCUGACACACACUCAGAAAUGAGUUGUCCACAGAGAUUUUAAAUUUUCCACAAGGUAAUCUUUGUUUGUAGACCGUCACCCCUCCACAGCCCAGACUCCAGAGUUUAUGCUUUGCUGAAGACAAGAACUCACAUUAUCUUUACAUUACAAUUCAUUUGAAACUCUGCUGCUCACAUCUUCACCCAAACCUAGUCAUGUGACCACAUAACUCAAGUCCUCCAAUACCUUCACCAAGGCAUUCAGUUUUAAACCCUUCUCCUCACUUUCAAAGCCCUCCAUAAUAAGGUCCCCUGCUACCUCACUGACCUGCUCCACCCCUACACUCCCGCGUGCACCCUCUGAUCCUCAAAGCCUUCCCACCCCUGCUUUGAGGACCAAGCUCUAAACCUUGGUGGGCUGGGGCUUUCUCCAUGGCUGCCUCAGGAACACUCUACCCAAACUCAUCCAGGACUGUACUGAUUUAUCAAAAUUCAAAUCCCUCAUCAUGCAGCCGACCCUGCUGCUCCUUUCACUGCUACUUGCUGUCUGCAUGUCAGAGCACCUCAGGGUCAAACAUGCGCAGGAACCUGCACACAAAAGGCUCCACUUUAUGAAAAGACUUCUAAGUCAAGGCCCAAUCAUGCAAUAUUGGUGCCCUUGUGUGUGAACACACAUUGCAAUAAGGUGGGAAGAAAGUGCAUCAUAUACACACACACUCAAACAUGCACAAAGUAACACACAUUGUAUUAACAUAUGUGACAUGUGAUGUGAAUAACCCCCACCCUGAAAUGAAAAUACAGAACAGCCAAUUGUGUGUUGAUGGUCGGUGUGAGAGAAAACACAGAGUAGAUUUGGAUGUUUAAAAGAUUAUGGCUCUAAAACAAAAAUACUGUGAAGCUGCAGACCUCACUGUCAUCCCAGGACGUGGUCAAACCUGUACAACAUCACAUUUUUCAAAGAUAGCCUUUUUUUCUAUCAGGCAUUUGUGCUUGAGUCAGUGACCAAGCUAUGCAGCAUGGCAAAAAAGUUUCAUUUUUAUUGACAUUUAUGCAAAAUUAAGUGUGUUUUUGCAUUUUUUUCACUGUCAAAGUUGAGGUUUGUAAGCCAAGGCUGCUGGGACAGUGGGUCCUCCUGUGUGUUUGUUGUUGAAAAAGGGUCUGAUAUGAAUCUCAACCAGCUGAAUUUGCAAGAUCAGCUUCUCCUGUGUUUGGUUGAUUAGUGUACAAUGUGUUUGAUUCACAUUUGUUGAUCUCUCAGUCAUGGCCUGAGGACUUAGAAGACGACAUCACCAGUAAAUCUCUGAUACUUGCUUAGAUUGGGGUGGAAAUGGUCAAAUUUACAACCAUAGCUCUCUACAGAUGGUUUGCCGAGCUCCAUUCAGAGCCCAUAGCUUAGAGUGUGUCACCUAUAAAAUGCUAACUCUCCAUUGUGCUGUGUUUGGAAUUAUGUCCUCUGGCCUGAGGCUUGAGCUCAAACAUGGUGGCAACCUCAAAAGUCAAUUCAAUCCCACAGAGAUAGACAGGGAUCAGUGUUAACCUCUAGAGUUUAUUCUCCUUGUUAGGGGGAGACGUAAUGAUAUAACCUCCAAGAGUUUAUCACCACGAGCCUUGCAGGGACAGCAGCGGCAGAGAAUCCCUGACUAAACAUUCAGAGUAUGUGUGGCAUCCACAUAGGCGCCUGAGAUACCAGGCACGAGGGCCAGUGAGGGAGAGAGGGAGGGACAGGCGAGAGGAUUUGUGAGAAGAAGGGGGACGCAGGACCGGCUCCACUUAGCAUGUUCUGAGUCAAAGGUUUGCAGGGGGUCAUGAGCUGCAAACUCAUUCAUGAAUAAAACAAAUCAUGUUGUCAGAUCCUUGCCCCAAAGUUUCAGCAAUUAGUUCCUCUGGGAAUAAAUGGAGGGCUUUCUUCGGGCUUAUUCUCCCCGUUUGAGGAGACGCACCGCAUGUUUCAUCACCACUAAAAUUAUCUAAGUGGAGGAUGGGCAGAAAGCAAACCAGAUUUCUAGCCACAGUCCAGGCAUAUUAGCAAUAAAACCCUCUUUCAGGCCCACUGGUUUGUGGCUGGAUAUAGCAUUUUUUUCUUUCAUUGUCUGCUGUGUAAUUCAAUAAAAGAGCAGAAAAUCAUACUUGAUGUUUCCCAGGGCUCUCUGGAUUGUAAAACGAUCCUGUUAAAGAAAAAACUGAAACUCCAGCGAGUCGCUUCUCUGGGCGUAUAAAGACGGGGACAGUGGAGAGCAGGAGUUUAGUGAGACCACAGACAGUGUGACAAGCUGAUUAAAAUGCCCACAGUCUGGUCGGGCUAGACCUCCACUCUCUAUUCACUCGACCAGGCACGUCGUCACGACAACGAAGGACGACAAAGGGCUUUCUCAGGCUAUUGAGUGCGGUGAAAGAGGAGGCGGCCGUGUGCGUAUGUGUGCGUUUGUGUGUAUGUGUGCGUAUGUGUGUGUGUGUGUGACUCCGACAUGUGGCUGUACAAGCAGUAGGUGGUAAUGUAUGCAGACCAUUGGCAAACAAAUGAAUACGCAUGCACGUCCCACUGCCACCUCCCCGGUAUUCUGCCACACAAUGACCCCAGCAGCGCGUCCUCGAUGACGUGAUUCCUCAAACUGGCAUAUGGCCGGGCUCAACUCUAACCGCAAACCGGCCACAGGCGAGCUUCUGGGGCUUCUUUUGUCUUUAAGACCGAAUGUAAAUGACUUUGGCUGUCUAUUCUUUUCUCUUUACUACACUAUUUGCUCUGUAAAUGAAAAGGACAGCUUAAGAGGAUGUAAGAGGAGCUGAAGUUGUGUAAAAAUAUUUGAGUUGUGGGUUUUUCCUUCUACAUUCAAGUAUAAAAGUAACUCAAAUCAACUCUGGUUGGCUUCCAUUAAAGUGUAUUGAGUGCUUCAGAUAUGACUAUUGCUUUGGAUUAUUUAAUGAUCAUUUCAUGUUGUAAUUCGUCUCAAGAAAAUAUUAAAGUUUUAGCAACAAGCCCUCACAAACUCACAGUAAUGUCGAUGUGUCUGUUAACAAUAUCAGACUGCCAGAGAAGCUGCUUCAGUUUGGAUUCCUUGGACGCCAAGCUAUGGGAGUGACAGUCUGACAAUGGACCAACUUUACAUAACUUAAGCACAAAGAACCUUCUUGUCUUUUUUUUCUGCAGAUAAAUUCUAUCAGCGUUGGUUUCACUCAGUCCAAACAACAACAGGACAUUAAAACUCUUCAUCUGAACUGUGAAAACAUCCAUGUGUUCAGGGUACGUCCAUGUUUGUGCCAGGCUGAUUCUAAGUGAAAAAUCUCAGUACUCAGUAAUUUGUCAGAUGACAGCAGUGCAGGCUGUCUAAUACGUUUUGGCACUGCCUGGCUCUCAUCGACUGCCAUCUUUGGAGCUGACAGUAUUAAAGCAGACAGCAGACCUGAGUUCAGCUGCUCUGCCUCAGGCUGUCCUCAGUUUCUUUUAUUCUUCUCUGCUUAUGUUACACUGAAUUUUGUGGCCAUUACGAGGCUCUGUCUGCUAAGUUCACAGACCUGUCAUGCUCCUGCUCUCGCUUUGCUUUGUGAACAAUGACGCAGCCAAAAUGCAAUAGUCAUCUUGACAUGCUGCGCUGGCCUAACAAACUAAAACAACCUCCCUUAUCAGCAUGUUUCAGCCUGGACAUCAUCAAACUGCACUUUGAGAGGCAUCGCCUAACCCUAAGUGCGUGUUAUGGUUCAUGCUGCGUCAUCCAUUUCUCCUUUUUCUCACGUUUUCUCUCAGUAUACUCGACUGACUGACUCUCCUCAGGGAGGCCAGAGAGCUGAGGUCUGUAAUUGUGGCUGGAGAUUUUGGCUGCUCUCUGUGCUGUUGUGUUCAAGUCCUGUCAGCAGAGCCUAUUUCUAAAGAUCUGUCCCACAGCCUGCUCCAAAAAGAAGUGCAUUCUCACUAUUAUUAUCUUUAUUUUGCAUAUGGUGCUGUUUAAGCGUCAGUUCACUGUGCUCUAUUUGAGGUGACUUGGCUGUAAGGACCAUAUAUGUCCAUCAAACUAUAUUCAAACAUACAUUUUGGGAUUUAUAACAUACUUGGACUAUAUUUUACUGCACUGCAGGGGCUCCUGGGUCCCACAGCCGUCAGCCGAGCCUGGUUAAAAAGCUAAAUUAGGCCUCAGCUGCUAUUGUCAAUCAUUCCCAUUCUCUUUCUCAUAGUACGAUUAGGCCCCGCCCCCUGCUUCCUCUUGACUGCUCUUUGAUCCUUUAGCCUGUUGCAUGUUGAAGGGUAACAGCUCCAUCAGUUCCAGUCUGUCAUAUUUCCAUGACACCACCAGUCUCCCUUCUCUGUCACCUAGUCAGGGUCAAAGGUCAAAAGUGCUGUCGAAGGCUCAGAGAACCAGUGGCACCUGAUGAAGGCAGUUUCUCUGCUAAACGUCUGUCUCAUUACUGAUGUUCGUCCAUUUAAAGUUACUUUUUUAUUACACUUUAUCUUGUAUUUCAGUUUAACACCACUCUGCUGUGUCUGGCCCUGUUGUCUGUGAUCUUCUGUUGCUUUUGUAUUUUUUUUUUUAUGAAUUGUGAAGAAGAGGUUAGUAAAAAGAAAUCAAACAAUAAACCUCAUCAGUCUUACAGUGGGGGUCUGGAUGUGCGUGUCAUGUUGUACCAAUCAGCUAAGCUAACACCUGCUUUUCCCAGGGAGAGCGUUUACUGUCUGCAGGCUGAAAAGAUCCUGUCAUAAACCGGGCUGAAGGAGUGUGAGUGUGAGUGCACAUGAAAAAGUGUGUUGUGUCUCCGCACUUCUGUAGAUAUGUGUGUGUGCGUGGACUCUCUUUCCAAGGGAAGUGGCUUUUAUCCUGUGUCCGUUCAGAGCAGCCACUCGGUCAGAGAGACGUGAAAGGGACACUAUUCCCUCCAUCAGCAGACAGAGAGUCCCUUCAGCCCACCGGAGGGGCCCACAGAGGGACCCUCUGUGUCUGUGUGUGAACUGAGAGGAGAGAGAUGGCCAUUGACCCCUUGGAAGGCGACGGAAAUGGAGACAAGCCAAGCAUGUGUACAUCUGCCUCUCAUAAUAUUAGGGCUUUCACUGAUCUAACCUUCUAUGUGGGGACAGACAACCAGCAACACCACUGUAUGUGGACUAACUGCUACUACGUAUGGAUUUGGAGCUUGUUUGUUGUGUUUGGUUGUGGAUUUUAUGCAUUCGGUUGGUUUGCAUACACAGGAGCUUGUUUAUUGGAGAUUGGCCACCAGUUGACCGGGUUAAUCCCAGCCUGGGUUUGUUUGUGUAAUGCAAAACUUUGCUUACUCUUUUCUCUGCACCAGAUUUGAUUAAUUUCAUGAUUUACUUGCAUGCUCCUUACAAAGGCAUCAGUAAAGACUUUGAUUCACAAAAAGACCUUUGCAAAUAGGACAAAGAGUUUGCACCCCAAACUCUUUUGCAAAAGAUAAAGUGUCAGUGAGUAUGAUGUUUGUGGGUAGGCCUCUUAAAACAAGCCGUUAUGCAUUAACUUUUGGUGCAAUUGAAAGGUUUACAUGCAAAUGAACCUUAGAGCAAAAAGCCUCCAGUUAGCAAACACUUAUAGCUUAUAGCCAGAUGCUUUUGGAUUUACUUUCCAGCGGUCUGGGCAACUAUUCUGCCAGUGCAUAAUCUAAAAAUAAACUUUCUAUAAAUGCAGUCUGUUUGUAUUUUACCCUCUACUUCAAUGAUGAUGGAGUCUGUCUUCGAUUUCUUUUUUCGUCUUUUUUUCAAACAGUCCCAUCCAUCUUUUAUAUUUGUAGGAGAACAGCACAGACACUAAAGUCUGUAUUUUAAGGCUGCUGAAAGAGAGGGCUCUCUACUUAACUUCAUCCGUGUUAUAAGCAGCACUCAAACACAUUUAUAUCUCUCCACCUCGUCCGUAUGAAUCAAACUCAAGUGUUUACUGGCAACCACUGCAGCCUGCUCUGUGUCUCCUCACUGGCCUCAAUGCCUGACACUCUUCCUCUCUUUCUACUGUACUCUCUGGAUAGGAUCCACUGAAGCUACUGUUGCACAGUCUGGGGGCCCCGGGGGUGAGACGCUGGCCAACUUACCAGAACAUAACAAUACAAGGCAGUACUCCGUGGCUCCAGGCCCCAAGUCCCCCACUGUCCCUGCUGCUGCUGACCCCACAUAUUUUAUGGGGUCUUAGGCGUUCAGUGGGCUGUCACGGCUCAUUAGGAGGUUUAAAAAUGAACUUGCACAGCAGAAUCUCUUGGUGAUUAAUACUUACAGACAAAGAGAGGAGACGAGUCAGAUAGGAACAGUUGGAGCAGAAGUUCACUGAUGAGACCUCAUUCUGGGAAGUUUAUAGGGGUCUAUAAAUACACUUGUUAGCACACAUAAACACACAUUAUACAAUAGGCCAUCCCCCUAACACCAUUAUCCUUGCCGUCAUUUGACAGCUGACUUGCUCUGUGUCGCUAAAUCUUAAGUAGUUAAAUGGCAGGAUGUAAACUUUUAUAGGAUAUUCAGUCUUCAUUUUUUACAAGGUUAACCUGGAGCUUUAUCAUCUGCAGACGUCUCCUCUCCUCACCACGACAAACAUUACAAGUCAUUAGCAGGUGAAAAAACUGAAUAAAUAACUUUCAAGUUAAAGGUAGGGGAUGCAGUCUUUAAAACACUCAUAUUUUGUUUUAUCUGCUCAAUAUCCCUUCUAUCUCUAAAAGCUGGGAGCUGAAAUCUAAGCUGUUGCCAACUAAAAACUUUCAUCUGGGACCAGCCAGAGAUUAAGGUGUGUUAGAUAUAAAACAGAAGACUGGGGUUGCCAGAUAUUCUUGGGACUUACCAGUACUCCAACACUGACAACUUCGCUUUUUACAAAAAGUCAUUUUGGAUUCUGUUUAACACUUUAGCUCUCCUGUUUAGUGUAAUUCACUGUUGUUUUUGUGCCUAUACGUACAAGCUGGUGUUUUACCUGUUGUGUCUUAUUGAGUUUAGUGCAUGCUGCUCAAGAGGACUCCAACACAACCAAACACACACACUCACACUCACAACCAUAUUGAGAAAAUCACUUAUUUUCAUUUAUUUGGACUCAUUUGCAUGUGAGUAUUUACUCCGUGGUUGCUUUUUGACCCCUUCUUCCCUCCUUGUCCAAUCCAGUUGACAGUCAAAUGGUCCAGCAGAGGUUAUUUAUAGGUUGUUGGGACUGUGCUCCAUGGCCGAGCAUGCUGCAUUCCAGACACACAACUGAUGAACUCUGGAGAUUGUUGAAGGAGAGCAUGAGAGUAACCGCCCCUCUGCUCCUCUGAAGGGUGGCGCUGCUGUUUGUUUUACUACCAAACACUCCCACAGCAGUUAAUGUUGAUGUUUCACUUUCAGUGGACUGUGAGCCAGAUGCAGUGAGCACAGAUGGACAUCUACAACUUAAGAUUAAUGCGUUUGCAUUUGCUAAAAGCUGUAAAGGCCUCACAGUGAGCUGGUUGAUUUAUGCUACAGAAGAUUCACAAACACUCAAUGAAAUGGGUGAUAAUACAAAGAGAUGUCGUUUUAAAAGUAGUUAUUAGGUUGAUGAAUGAAUAAAAACAUGCUGCUUAGCUCUAAUGGGUCUCAGAUGUCAGGGAAGUUUCUAAAUUGGACUUCCCCUCCUUCUGGAUUUCUCAUGGUCUUCCCAUCCAUCUCCACUCGGUCCCAAACCGCAGUCAUUCAGUCUGAUCUCAUGGUGGCUCUGAGGGAGCCAUCAUUUCUGCUUUAAAAGAGGAAGUUCCCAUGGCAAUGGGGUCACCCUAAGCUAUAAAUAUGUGGACUGCGUCAUGUUGGCCGGUCAAAGAGCAGGUGAGGACACUGGUUCAGAGCAGCAGGGAACAUCGGUUCAAAAGUAGAAGGCAGAGAAUGUUUAAAAAUUGAUCAAUGCAGGAUCUUGAUGAACUUAUUGAAAAUGUUCUUGUGCAUUUCAAAGCCACCAUGUUUCAGCAUGGUUGCUGCUUCAACUUUAUAGUGUCUGGCCAGUUUGCCCUCAGUGGCUGUGUUUCUGCCUCUGCAACUAGAAGAUAUCAAGGCUCAGCAGUGAAGACCGAACAUUCACCCCAAACAUUUAUCCCAAAUCAAACAACAAAGAAAACAAAACAAGGGAGAUAAAAGGGACCAGAGACUCCUGCCAAAAUGAACAAAAGAUGCAAGGUGCUGGGACAACCACAGAAAGGCUCAUCGCUCUCAGCACCUCCCCCAAAACUUUAAACUAACCUGAGGAAAUAUACAUACAACAUAGAAGACAACAAAAUAAAUCCAACAAUCCAAAAAGUGUUGGGAAAAGGAGCCAACUGAAAGUAAGGAAGUAAAAACAAACACUCCUCACCACAUGCUGCUGAAGGUGUGUGUGUGUGUGCCAGAAAGAGCUUCGAAAUUAACCAUCCCUCUUCAUCACCUCCUUUGUCCUGAUUGCCAAUAAUGCUCAGUCAUGCUGCAGGCAGAGGAAGGAUGGAAACCAGAUACAGAAAGAGAGACCUGAGACAGGUGUCACAGGCUUAUGUGAGGAAUUUUAUCCUCCAUUUUUGAUUGAGUUAGCUGACUUAAUGACUCUUCUCCACGUGUCUUUCUGCUUUCUUUUACUCAGUGUGGUAUUUUUGUUAAAGCUCAACACUUCAGUCUACUUAUCAACAAGUCAACUGACACAAAAGUGGUCAACAGUGAUUACAACUCUGAACAUUAUAUAAGUGUUAAUGUCAAUCAUGGUCCCAACCUCCAAAAAUUAGGGAUUUAUGGAAUUUCUUUGGCAAAUGGAGUCUAAAAGUUGUCAGAAAGUGUCAUUUUUGGUUGAAUGAAAUGCUUUUUUGCUGGUUCUUGAUACUUUUUGGGUUUAAAACAGACUGUUUAAAACACUGGCAUGGCCUUUAUGACUCCUGCUGAUUCCUGAAGCAGUUUUGAAGUUGAUUAAUGGCCAUGAGCACACUGGAAAUGCUGACUCAACCUCACCUGUCUUAGCAAGAGAUAAGGAGGAAGCUAAAUGUAAUUGUUAUUUUAAAAAAAAAUGUUUUGUGUGUUUGAAUAUAGGAAAGAGCUGUUGGAUUUAAAACAUUUUUUUAGGCUGUAAACAUGAUAAAGUAAGCUGUGAAGAUUGGGCUUUUUUGAACGGGUGUGUAUGAGGCUUCCAGUGCUUUUGGAUCCAGCCCCAGUGGAUGUUCAAGGAUCUGCAGUUUUUGAAAUGGAGAGGUGCAUAAAAGUAAACACUCGCAUGUAUGAUUCUGACAUUUUACAGUUUUGCCAGUUUGAACUUCAAUGGCAAAGAAUCUGCUCUGGAAUCUGGUCUCAAAAAUGUGUUUUUAACCUCCCCAAAAUUUUGGAAAAGCCAAAAUACAUCAACAGUUUUCUUUACACUGAAUAUGUUUCUGUGUGGACAGCCUCUCAGUCUGUUUCAUAACCAGCUAAAAUCUCUUCACAAAGGCUUUAAGAUGAUGACAGCGUUAAAUGAUAUGUAGGUGUCCAUUAGGAAAGUUGAAUAAUUCAUCAUCCUGAGGUACACAUUUAAACCUUUACAUUAUGUCAAACACUAUCUAGAGAGUUUGAGUAAUAUUUUACCCUGGACCUCAUCAAGGAUCAAUCUCACGUACUGAUCCACCAACAUUUCCAUUCCUAAAGAAAAGUACAGCUCAGAUAACCACACUGGGCUUGAUCUGAGAGCUCUUUUCAGAUUUGAUUCAAUAAAACAUGAAGCUGAAAGAAUUGGUUUGUUUUAUAUUCAUUUUUCAUAAAGAAUAUCCCUCCCCAGCCUCAGAGGAGUGUGUGGAUUUCCAGCCCUGUUUAACAGACUGUAAUGGCCACUCCUGUUGACAUUCACCCACAUUCAUACACGUCCGACUCAAAUCCUCCGACAGUGGGCGGGGGGUUAUUACUUAUUAUACUUCUUAUUCUACUCAUGAAUAAGUAAAGAGGGGGUCCGAGCCUUAGUCACUUGCCAGACAAGGGCGAAGACGUAUGCACCUGCUCCUGGAUGGCCCCUGGUCAAACGCAGAAACACACACAUCCACACACCCACACAAAGAUUUCCGGCCUCCUCCCUUUCUUCCCCCUCGUCUUUGUCCCGUUUGAAGCCCCAGGGCGUCUACAGUUAGGUGAGAUGGCGCUGCAUGUCUAAUGUCAGGGAAGUCUAUUCACACAGUGAGCUAAUGAUGCAAAAUAUUGCAAUUUUUAAUACCACACUCUGAAAGGGACACAUGGUUGCUUUCCCUGCACUUUUUAUGUCUUUAUUAUUCAGAGCAUUAGUGCGGGAACAAUGCUUCCCAGAGCUUAAUUUAAACAGAAACCCUGCGUUAUUUUCUGCUCAGAGCUCUGAUGAAUCCCAAAUCUAAAGCUCCUUCUGUACAUUGCCACAAAGGAGUUACUUUUAUUCCUAUGUGACCUUCCUUACCGGGGUCAGGGAAAGGUCUGAGGAAACCUGCUCAAUAAUUAAAGGGGUUUUAUCUCUAAUGCAAAGGCUCUCUGUGUCCACAAACCACUCUGCUGGAGGUGUUGAGUGACGGCUGUGGAAAUGGGAAAUGAGAGUUGAUGUUUCGAUUGCUCCGGUUGUAAAAGAUACCGCAGGUCUGUUGUUUUUAUUCCAGUGAGUACACACUGCGUAGUGGUGGGGUUAUAACACUGUGUGAGUAAUCAUAAGCUUGACGGUGUGAGGUUUUUGAUGAAUAAAACAAGACAAGAGUCACUCUGAGAUUUGCUUCUGCCAAUCUGAGUCACAUCUCCCUGUCCUCUGUGUUUACAGAUGAAUAAUCCUCUUUGUUGCUGACAAUCUCAGACAGACAGGAAAGGAAUGGGACAUGAUUCCAGGUGAAGAGGCGGAGGAAUACUUCAGCAUAACAAAGAACAUAGAUGGUAAGAAUUCAAUCAAACUAUUUCUACAUCUCAUAAUCUCUAAAACCAAUUAGGAAUGAGUUUGUCUCUCAACCCUAUUUCAGGCACUCUGCCCUUGAGUGUAUUUUUCUCUGAGGAUGAAAAUCUUAAAACAGUAGACUGAAUCUACAAACCCAAUUCUGAAAAAGUUGGGACCCUCUGUGAAACCUUAAUAAAACCAAAAUUUAAUGGUUUGCAAAUCAUUUGAAGUCGAUGUGUAAUUGACAAGAGUGCAAAGGAGAAUAUAUUUAAUGCUAGAACUGAAACAUUUUAUUGUGUUAUGAGAGUGUACUCAUUUUGAAUUGAAUACAAUUGGGAAAGUGACAUGUUUACUGUUGUGUUGCAUCACCUUUCAUUUUCACAACACUGUCAAAACAACAAGCUGGGUAGCACCGCUUUUGGACCUGCUGUCCAUGAUUUAAAAAAAAAAAAGCAAGCAAACAAUGAUUCAUGAGACCACAAGACAGUAUUCUAUUUUGCUUCAGUCCAUCUAAAAUGAGCCCAGGUGCAGAAAAGUUAAAAAGUCACGUUUUUAUCUGUGCUUCCUGAGGGCCGAAAGAUCACUUCCAUCCAGUCUUAAUUUUGGUCCUUAUCCCCUUUGUGAAGACAUUUUUUUCCAAAUUCUCUGAAUCUUUAAUGAUAUUAUGUUCUGGAAAUGAUGAAAUUCGCAAAUUCUUUCAGUUUUAUGCCAAAGAACAUUAUCCUGAAAUUAUUGUACAAUUGCAUGCAUAGUCUCCCACAGACUGGUAAAUCUCUUUUCAACCUGUGUUUCAGCCUUUUUAACCUUUAUCUCUUGGCUUCUUACAUAUACUCCAGUGUAGAGUAGAAUAGCCUUGAACUCAGGUCGUCAAUGUUUUACUAUUUUUAACAUCUGCGUCUUCAGUCCUCUAAUCCUGCCACCGUGUCUCUCCUCAGAAUAUUUGCCAUGCUACAUGGGAAGGCACUGAAAUCCACCCUGCUCUUCCUCCUCAUACACAUCAUCGUUGUUACUGCCCAUGGUCGCUCUUAUCCUCGUUUUACCCGAAAUGACACUGAAUUCCAGCACCUGGUGCUCCACCCAGACCCCUCACUGGGCACAGUGUACCUUGGGGCCAGGGACCACCUCUUUCAGCUGGAUGGGUCAGAUGGACUUCGGCUGGAGCAGGAGGAAAGGACCGGUCCUGUGAGUGACAGCAAAGAGUGCCUUCCACCAGUCAAUGAGUUUAAUUGUCCCCAGGCCAGGAGAACCAGUAAUCACAACAAGCUACUGCUGGUGGACCCAAAGGCAUUAGAGCUGAUCACCUGUGGCAGUAUUCACCAGGGCACCUGCCAGAAACGCAGCCUUGCAUCCAUCAAGAAGCUUCUCUUCGCCACAGAAAGGCCUGUAGAUACGCAAUAUGUGGCUGCCAAUGAUCCAGCAGUGUCAACUGUGGGGCUGGUGGUGGGGCUCCGUGGCGGUGAAAGGACAGUGAUGUAUGUAGGAAGGGGCUAUACUGCCAGCCAUCCACCUAUCUCCACUCGCCACCUUUCAUCAGAGCCUGUCUUCUCCUAUGAGGAGACCGCUAAGCUUGCUGUGGCUGGGCGUUUGUCAGAGUAUGACCACCACUUUGUGAAGGCAUUCACAAGACGCUCAUAUGUCUACUUCUUGUUUUACCGCCGUGACAUCAAGUCAACAUCCAGGGAGUAUCGGACCUAUGCUGCCAGAGUGUGCCUAGAUGACACUUCCUAUUAUUCCUAUGUUGAAGUUCCUCUUGUCUGCAGAUCCCCUUCCUCCCCAUCCAAGACUUUCAAUCUGCUCCAGGCUGCCCAGGUACUUUUCAUUUCAUUUGAGUUAUUUAGAUACUGACACUAGUAUCUAUUUCAUAAGUAUUGUGUACUUUUUAUUAUCUGGGGAAAGUUAUGUGACAGUUUGAGGUCCUGUAGAGAAAUCUGAAACCCAAACUGGAAUCCUGUGCUUAUAGGAUUGUACCACCUCCUUAACAAUUGAUUUGAAUCCCAAAAGCCUUUUUCUUACAAAACCGUGACGGCCACCUGGCUACUUUGCAUUUUAUUUGCAUGAUGUAGACACUGGAUUCAGUUGUUCAUGAGUAUUGCAUUACUCUUUUCUACUUCUAGUGAGGGUUAUGUUAUAGUUUAAGGUCCUGCAGAGUGUUCUGAACACACAAAAUGAAGUCCUGGCAUACAAGACUGUAUCACCUGCGUAACAGUUGACUUUACUCUUCAACACUUUUCUUUUUUUAAAUGAUAAUCAAGGCUGUCCCAGUUCUUUACAUUGGUCAUAUUGAUACUGACACUGUAUCUUCAAGAGGUUCUACAUCAGCUUAAAAUGAAUGCUUUGGCAAGUAUGACAAACAUGGUCCAGAUCUGGUCUACAGUGAUUCAACAACAAGACCAUCAUAAACUGUUGUAUCAGAAACACUUUUUGCCUUAAAAGUAUAAAGGUGGUGACUUUUUAAAAAAUUAAGUAAAUUUCUUGUUUGUCUGUUUUAAGGUAGACCAUAUUGCUUAUAGCUGUUUAGGUGAUGCUAUUGUUAAACUUCUUCAAGACUUUCCCACGGCUUUGUUACAACAGGUGGGUCAAGGUUUAGAUCAGGACGGUGAAGACCUGCUGGGAGUCUUCUCCACCCGCAUGGGCUCAGCCAACAACAAUCCCUUGGACGCCUCGGCUCUGUGUGUUUACCCGCUGGAUGAGCUUGACAGACACAUCGACUCCACCCGUGACCUGUGCUACACCCAGGAUGGACAGAUGGAGGGGAGAGAAGUGGCCUACAUAGAGUACGAGGUGAAAUCCAGCUGUGCUAACCUGCCCAUGGUAAGUACACAACAAGUUUUUUGUCUUGAUACAGCAACUCUGACAUUAUUUUGAUGCUUACAAUUCCUUUAAUGGAGGAAAACAAAAUAUUAAAGAGGUAGGAACUUCUUGAACAACAGUUUUGUAAACAUUAUUCUCUUAGAGACUCAAAUUACCGUUCCUCAUGGUUCGAAAACAUCUUGGUAAAUUGAGUCAGUUGGUUUCACAGAAGGACAAAAUACAGUGGAGAACAGUAACAGAGGAUAAGUGGCUUGUUUGCAUUGAGAUUAAGUGACAGAAAGGGACAAUGGCAGGCAUGUCUUAUAAUGAGGCUCUCACUGAAAAUCUCCCAGAUGCCCCAAGAGAAGCUUCACCCAGCUGCAGCCCUGCAGUGACCCACUCUGCAGCCCUGCAGCCACUCCGGUCCUGCCAGCCCUCAGAACCAUUUAAUAGGAUAGUUAGGGAUCAAUAAACCAAACUAACUCCGGAUCAGCUGGACCUUUGCUUAAUGAGCACUGACAAGGAGUUCUUUUGAAACCCACUGACAUAAGAGGAAAGAGAGUAGAGAUGGAGAGGGCUGGAUACAUGGAGAGAGAAAGACAAGCAUGUGAAGUGACAGGGACAGAGAAUAAAAUAAUAUCUAGAGAAGGAAGAAGAGAUGCUGAUUGCUGCUGCUACUUCCUUCUUUAGGGCCAAUUAUCCGCAGACAGAGCUCAAAGACUUACUGGCAAGCAGGAUUUGGAGUAGUUGUUUUGCCAAACCAAAGGAAGGACUUGGCUGUGUGUUUUUGUGGGUCUGCUUUUAUCUAUGGUGCAAUCCUCUUAUGGUGAUUUAAAAGGACUCACAGGCUCUGAGGCAAUCGUUCGCAAGAAUGGAAGACUAAUUGAAGAGACAUGAAAGAGCAUUUGUUGGUUUGAAUCCAAAGUAUCAGAUUUUUUCAAGAUUUUUUGAAGAAUAAUCAAGAUAAAGUUAAAAAGUUUUGUCAUGCAAAAUGAUUAAGAUGCAUUUAUAGUAUGGAUAUGAAUGACUCAGUCUGAUUCCUCUGUCGCAAGGUCAUUGUUCACAUGGUCCCUGUGUCAGGUUAGGCAUCCACAGAGACAUAUAUUUGUGUGGUUACAUAGACAGACUAAACAGUGGUACCCAACCAUUCAUUACGGCUGACAUGAUUGCAUUGUAUAGAAAAGGGGGCUGGGCUGGAUGACACUUUGAAAUGCAAAUGCUCAACAUCCUACGUCUGCUAAAUCUUGCUAUAACAGGGCUUUUAGCAUGCAGUCUGGCCUUGAUAUCAGAUGUUAGCAUUUCCAAUCUGGCACCACGCAUUGUAAAGCUUUAAAAUAACAGGUGACAUGACAGCAAAACUGGUUUUAUAUCAGCGUUAAAAUCCUGAAGAUGGACUGUAAAAGUGUGUAAAAAAAAUAUGCCAGUUUAGUGUUAACACAGGGACAAACUAGUUGACCAAUCUCUCUGUUGUUGUUUGCCACAGAACACCCUGAAGGCAUAUCCCUGCGGCUCCGACCACACGCCCAGUCCGAUGGCGAGCCGCGCACCGCUGGAAGCCAAAGCCGUGUGGCAGACCUCAGCGGCUCGUCUCACUGCGGUGGCAGUCAGCGUCAGAGAUGGACACAGCAUCGCCUUCCUGGGAGACUCCAAAGGGACCUUACACAAGGUAGCUCCAGUCCUGUAUGCUCUUAUGUUUGUGCUAGUUUCUUUAAGCCCUUUAACCUGCCCCAACAUGCACCAGGUGGGAAGAAGGGAAACGCCCAGGACACAUCAGCGGUAAAUCCCAGAACUGUGAAUCAUGGAAUUAUUUGAACCAUUAAGCAACAUCCUAUGACGGCAGUGUCCUGAUUUUCAAACCGAAGGCAAUCACACCACCAGGGCUUUCUUAACACCCUGAUCCCUGCAGCCCUGCCCGUGUCUGUUUCUGCCUGCUCCUUCUAAGGAUGUCUGUGAAUCAUUUUCCAGGGAAGCAAACACACCUUACACAGAGUCUGUGCCAGUUCCCACAAUCCUUUAAGAUAACUAUUUAGCCACAGCCGGACAGAUUCCAGUCAUUUCUGCUCUCACAGUUUCCAACAUACACAGACUAGCAUACCAGCAUGAUCCCAUGGCUGAUGCAUCUACAGACUGCAGUGUGGGAUUGUUGGAGAGUAAGCUGUAUUAUUUUUAGAUAAUAUUUAAAAAAGGUUCUAUUUUUUUUUGAAGGCUGGUUUAGUUCCCAGAGUGGACUCUUUAAUUUGGGUCUUAUAUUGUCUGUUAAACAUAAAGUUCUGCUUUUUAUUGUCCAAAACCUGCCGUGUGUCCCGCCCUUUAGAAAAACAUCAACACAGAUCUGAUACAUACGUCCUGGGAUUCAGAUAAGAGAAAUGUAGACAUAACUCUGGUCUGAGGUAGUCAAGAAGUUCCUUAUCGUCUAGCAGGUCUAUUUUGUUGAACACAUAUGUGUGUGUGAGUGUUUAUGAUGUGUGUAUAAGAGAGAGCGAGACUUGGAGUCAGACAUGUCACUGUUAGGUAGGAGAUCAAAGCAGCACUCCAUGUUGCCAUCUGAAGUGAGCUAUUGUAACAGGAUUAUCGUAUCACAGCAGGACGAAUUCCACAGAAUCCAGAUACAGGACUGUGUGUGUUUGUGUGUGUGCGUGCGCGUGCGUGCAUGUGUGAUGGCUCCUUUCAAACCAGUGUGUUUGGGAUGGACAGUCAAACAGAGGACAAAGUGUCAUGCACUUGACUUGAACUUUCUUGAAAACACGUUUUACACUUUCUUAGAAGUCUCAUGGUGAGACACCACGCUUCACCUCGCUCCUGUCAUCCUGUUUGAUGUGAAGCGACGCCUGUAAAAUCCUUAACUUAGCUCAACUUUGUACAAGCUCUAAUGAAAGGACGAUAAAAAAGACAUCAGAACAAAGGCAAUUAAUUAACAUGUUAUUCAAUUUCCACUGGGUGGCACCAGCUGUGUGGGAGUUCAUACUUAGCCUUGUAAAUGAAGUUAAUGCGCAAAUAGUUUUUGGGGAGAUCACCGACUGAAAUAGUUUCAAUGUUUGCAUAAUAUAUAUCUUAAAUCCAAGCCACACUUGUUGUCCACUACAGAUUACAUCAAUUCAGAUAAUAUCAACACUGAUUGUUUUCCAUAGGUGGAGAUCUCAAGUACAGCUCUAGGAAAAGCUAUGGCCAUAGUAAUUUUACACUAUGCAUUCAUAUAACCUUAUUAUAAUGCUUUGUCAUAUUACAUCCCUUCCCAUGUUAAUGGCAGUUAUUUUCAGCUGUUAAGAAGCAGUCAAGCACAAGAGUUUACCCUUAAACCAUCACUUCAUAAGGUGAAAAGCUUUUCUCUGAUUGGCUACUGAAGUGCAAACGUCAUAUCUGUGAUAAUAAUUUAGUUAGUUUGGAUGUGACAGGCUUACACCAACCAAACAGAGGUGGAACUUACGUUACAGCUUAACUAGUUUCAAAGUGGGGUUUAGUUUGCACUCUACACCCCUUUACUUUAAAAUCAUGUAAGGACCUGAUUUGCAAACAAGACUGCGUUGAAAAUCAAGACAUGCAGGACCAGAUUAACUCUGUACUUUGACCUCUCUCUCCUGGGAUCUCUCUGCCAAGUUGCUCCAAAGAGUUGUGUUUUCCUAAAGUAUACUUUAUUUGCUGAAGUGCACUUGCUAGAAAUGAGGUGUGUUGGUUUUUUGUGUGCAGAGUAAAACAAAGAAAUACUUUUCAGUCCAGGCAAAGUUAAACUGUUAGUUUUUACUGUCUGUUUUUGGCUUUAGUGUGGACAAUGUUAUCAAAACUAAGUUAUUAAGUGUGGACUGGGUGUUUUGAACACAACUACUUCUCUGAAUCUAUGUUGUGAUCAGUACUGCACAUGUGCAAUGUCAGAUAAAGCUAGAACUAAAGUUAAAUGGCUCACUUGCAAACUGCUUUUAUGAGCAAUGCAUGUGCUGUUCAUUUUUUCAUGUACUAGAGUCAUCUGCGCUGGUUGGAUUGGGACCACUGGAAGAUUUGGCCUCCCAAUGGAGUAGCCCUGUCCUUAAGCGUCCUAAAGCACAUUAUAUAAUUUUGAACACUCUGCAAAACUCCCAGUACAGUGAUUGAGUUCACAGAAAGAAACAAAAGACACAACAAAUGAAAGAGAAGAGGGUACCAAACACAUAACUAGUCUGCCUUAAAUCAGUAACAUCCAACAGCUUGAAUAUGAGAUUGAUAAACAUGUGAAAUAAGAACAAAUAGUAAGGAGGAAAUAGACCACAUCAGUUUCUCCAGAACUCUGGUACAUGUUAUAGUCACAUGACUGAUUGAGAAGGGUUUUUUAUAGGUCUCUGACAGCCAGCUGACUCUGGAUCAUUUUCUGUUUUUCUGUUUCCUUUCAGAUAAUUCAAUUGUUGCCACUUUGUGACGGCAAAUUGAACAGACUGACAUAAAACAUGCUUCCUUUAUGGUUUCCUUUUACUGCUCUGUAACAUGUUUGUGAGGGUACUGUGUUUGCAACUAUACUGAUAACAUUUCAGUUACAGGCAUUAGCUUUGUGACGUAGUACCACUGCAGACUUUAGAAACUAUUAUGGAGACUAACACAGAAAUAGAGUCUGAAGGAUAAGGAUGGUAAUUUUACUGUCUGAAGAGUUUGACAAACUUUUAACUUUUGACUUUGAUUUAGCUGCACUAUCAUCCUACUUUCAGGCUUUUGGUUACACUAAUCUCUCCAUCCAAAUGGACAGGCAUCAAUAAGUGACGGGCCUUUAACUAUUUCCAAAGCUGAAAAAUAUAUGAUUGUUUUUAUAUUGUGGUGGUUAGGGGUGUCCCGAUAAGAUAUUGAUAUGAGAUAUCAGUCCGAUAUCAGCAAAAAUUCGAAUAUCUGAUUAUAUCGGCCUGCAUCUUAAAUCUCCAAUAUCAACACUCUGAUACAAGCAGUCCCUUCCAGACUCCACUCCAGCGCCUCUAUCUAGCAGCACCCUGAUCCAGCAUGUAGAGCCCAUGUAAUUACAACAACAGUGUGUACUAAUGUACUAGCAAAGUACCAAGGAGUAGGAGUGAUGUCGGCUGUGUGGCAGUAUUUUUCAUUAAAGUUCAAAAAAGUCAUUGCAGAUGAGUGAGAAACUUUUCAUGCCAAUUUUGUGCCAAUAUCGGGUCAAAAUCGAUAUCGGCCAAUAUUGAAGGCUACAUUAUCGUUAUCGUAUCAGAGGUAAAAAAAGUUGUAUUGGGACACCCCUAGUGGUGGUACAUAUGGUGGUAAAAUUUGCAGCAUGUAUAACCAGAUAAUUCGAUUAAGAUCUGGCCUCUUUUUGCAUGGGGACCUUGCCAGGAUAAGAGACUUGGCAUUUAAUUGGGACCUGUGUUAAAUUAAAGACGUUAAUAUCUUGCUCCUCAAAGUGUUGAAAAUGACCCUCCAGGUCAGAGUGAACCUGAUGAAAUACUCACUGCAUUUAUAAUCUGAUAAUUUAUCCAGUUUACUUAAUCUAUUGUACAGUUAAGAUGUUGCAGUUUCAAUAUGAAAGCACCCUCCUUAAAUAUUGUGACAUGCACACAGGAUAGACUGCAUUAAUAUUGGAGUUUCAGAGCAUUACAGAGCAUCUCUCCAUGCUUUAAUGUGUUGAGUGCAUCUUCUUAAUGGGACAACAGAUUCUCAAUUCUGCUCAAGUGAGAGGCUGACAGAGAGAGGCAUGAAAACCUCUGCUAAUCUCAUUAACAGGAGGUAACAUGAGAGUUUGAAGGCCUGGGAAUCACUUAAGCCAGAGGUGUCUUCCUGCGCUGUGGAUUAGAUUUGACUCUUUCAUAAUCACAUUCAUGGCCACUUCUGCUGCGAUCCUGCACAAGACUGAUGUGAUUAGCGUCUGAGUCGUAGGCUGAAGAUAUUCUGUCCGAUCCUUUCCCCUUUUUACGGCUCUGUAUUUUUAUCCUGCAGUGCUGAAAACCUUCCACUUUUCUUUCAUAAGAGGAGCGCUUUUAACUCUACUCUGUUUCACGCCAUGAUUAAAAAAGUGUUCUGCUUUUUCUGAUGUGUUUCUUUAGGUUUAUCUGGGCCAGGAGGGUCGAGUGGAGGUCUACGCAAACAUGACGAUCCAGCCCAACUUGCCCAUCAACAGUGACCUUUUACUGGACCAGAGCGGAGCAAACAUCUACAUCAUGACCAAAACGAUUGUAAGUUCAGAGAGGAAGAAAUGUUAAUGAGUCACAAGUAGGAACUUCAAUUCCUUUUAACCUCAAAAACUAUUUUAAAAUUGUUUUAAAAAGUACCUAAAAGAAGAGAAGAAGCCUGGAAAGUUAGAAAGUAUAAAUGUUCGACUGAUUAGUAACCAAAGAGGCACAAGCUCUCACAUCGUUUUUGGAUUCAGAAUAAAUCUUGGAUGUCAGUUUUUAGAAGUGCCUAACUGUCUCAUCAAGAACUACUGCUGCUAGCUCGCUAGCAGUCUGCUUCGUCUCCUUUGUCUGUCUUCUGUUUUAGGACAUAAGACAUAAAAGGUAAACACAUGAAAAGUUAAGGAUCACAAUCAGGGAUUACAGGAACUAUUUGUCCUUCUAGGCCACUGUUGCUUCUGCAAUUUUACCAGCGGGUAAAUAGGGGUUAGCAAGGGAAUGUUUCAGUCCAGAAUCUAACCCCUACAUACUGCUAAAUAUCCCCAUUUCUACACACUUUACCUUUAAUGUUAUGCAACCAAAUCAAUUCUUCCAUAAUCCCACUGGUAUAUACGUAUGCUUUUGUCAUUAAUGGUUAUGUUUCAAUAAGUUUAUUAAGCUUCAUAGGCAUUUGAUUUGAUUUGAGAGCUACAGAAGAUUCAAACACUACAAAUGUUUGACUGUUUUAGCGCUGCAUGAUUCCAGAGGGAAAAAAAACCCCACAGUAUCCAUGGAGUGAGAUAAUAUGUUUGAAUCAGCUUUCACAGCUUUUAAUGUGUUUAAUCUUUGAACCUCUCAGCAGAUGCACAAACAGCCGUAGCCGUUUUUGCGAGCCUGUCCAUUCAGCCUCUCACCCAGAUGUCUCCAUACACGAGACCGAACAUGUCGUGUCAUUCACCGUCAGACAAUUUAUCGUUUGUCAGACUGUUUUGGGCUUUGAUACUUCCUCAAGCUGUGUUUCUCUCUCAGAUAAAGGGUAUAAAAGAAUAAGAGGCAGAGAGCAUAAGAGCAAACUGAGAGGCCAGCUGGCUGCUGAGGUCAAGGGUCGCAGGGCCCACUGUGAUGAGUACAACAGUCAGCAGGAGGUGUAGGGUCAGACACAACAAUGGUAUUGAUCGGGGAAAGUGGCCUUCAUUGUGUUGGCACACUCCCUACAGAGUGUCUGUGUGGGCAGCCGGAGAUGCUGAUAAAUGGAUGGAGGAAACUACUUCUCUAUAUUCAAAGGCUCCCAGGACUCAGUCUGAAUGUGGACCUGCAGCCUGCGGUUAUAUUUAACACAUCUAUAACAGCCUUUUUAUAUUUAGAUCCCACAAGAAUGCUUUUCAAAUCCCUAUAGUUACACCGCCUUUGCUUCAAUACAUAAUAAUUGGACAUCUGCUUUUGUACCUUUUUAUAUAUGUGAGAAUCAGGCAGUGUGUCGACAUCCAGGGAUUCAAGGAGGUGUAACAACGUGAAAAUCUUCAAAAAAGUUAAGACAGGAACAUGUUUACCCUUGUGUCCCAACUUAUUUUGCUUUUAGCAACACUCUUUAAAACUUUGGGGUCUGUAGAGACCAGUUUCAGGAGUUUGUAGUUUCUGUUGUCCCAGUCUUGUCUGAUAGAGGAUUUCAGCUGCUCAGCAGUCCAGGCUCUUCUUUGUUUUAUGAUGCUCCAAACUUUUUCAAUGAGGGACAAGUCAGGACUGUAGGAAGACCAGUUUAUCAGCAGGACUCUUCUACUACCGAGCUAUACUGUUGUAAUCCCUGCAGAAUGUGGUUUGACUGGGAGCUAAUAACAAACUAAAUUGUCCCUCUAUUCCUUAGAGUGGAGGAUAUGGCAUCACUAAUCUUCAAUAAAGAAUGUUAUUCUGAUUUUUUAGACCACAGGACAGUUUCCCCCUACCCCUCGGUCCACCUUAAAUGGGUGAGGGUCUGGGGAAAUGGCAUUUUUGCAUCAUGUUAAUAUCUGGUUUCCUUUUUGCAUAGUGUAAGUUCAAACUGCAUUUGUGGCUGUGGAGACAGCUUCUGUUCACAGACUAUAGUUUCCACUGUUUUAAUGUAGCGCUGUCUGAGGGCCUGAAGAUCCUGGUUUGCAAACUAUCAAUACAUUUUCUCAGCUGCUAUUGAAUUAGGGUUUUACAAAAACGCUGUCAUCUUAAGGAAACGCUUAAAAGAAGUUGUCAUGAGACGUUAUAAACAGCAGCAUCAACUUCUCACUGGUGUAGUGAGUCAAACACUGUGUUACUCAUGCUUGAAAUCUGGCCAAUGACUACCCAGAGUAAAAGGUAUUAAUAAUGUAGAGUAACGUCUUUAUUACUGUAAAUGUAAAUGUGAAGUUAACUCUGUUUGCACUGCGGGUAAAUUGUUUAAUGUCUGUUUCAGGUGGAGAAGCGUCCAGUAGCUGAAUGUGGAGACCAUAUGGACUGUCAGUCCUGUCUGUCUGCCAAAGACCCGUACUGUGGCUGGUGUGUUCUGGAGGGAAGGUGAGUCAGCAGACAUUAACAAAGAAAGAAAGAGAGAGGGAGAGCAGUAAAGGUGUGGCUGCUGUGCUGCGAGUGCUUUCCUAAAUUCGUGUCUGCUUGUUUCUCUCACUCCUCUGUGGUAUUUCAGGUGUGGUCAGCGCUGGGAGUGCCAGCGAGGGUCUGAGCAGGGUCAGUGGCUGUGGAGCUUCAACCAAACCCAGCAGUGCCUCAGCAUCCAGCACCUCAGCCUGUACAACAUCAGCCGGGGGGAGGAGACUGAUGUAAUACAGGGGAAAGAGGGGGGACACAUUAUUCAUAAGACAUUGUGUGUUAUGUUGUUGGUCUUUCUAGACUCUGUAGUUCUUUAUAUGUCUUUGGUGCUUUAAAGAUAACAGUUGGUACAGUGAAAACAGGGUUACUUUCUUUCCCCCUCUCAGAUCUCAGUGUCAGUGGAAGGCCUCCCCAGUCUGGGUAAAGGUGAAGCAUACUCAUGCUUCUUCCAGGAUACUGAAACUCCUGCCUUUCUCACAAACACUGGCGUGGUUUGCUCCACCCCUGUUGCCAGCAGAGUGCCUCCCAUUAGCCAAGGAGAUGGUGAGUGUCUUUCAAUGAUGGCAGCUUACAUGUACACAUCCUUUUACACCAAUUGCAUAAAAAAAAAAAAAAUCACAUAAUGCCUUAGCUUGUAAAAGUGACCCAAAGCUACAACUCAAAGCUGAUCCGUGUUGUUGUUUUUAUUUUUCUGAUGCAGAGUUUGUGAUGGUCACUCUGUCGCUGCGGUUUACAAACGUGACUGUAGCAGAGACAGAAUUCACUUUCUACAACUGCAGCUUGGUCCAGGAGCUGUCUGGACGCAGGCCGUGAGUACAGACACACACAAACACACUUCAACUGAGCCCACUACACUCAAUAUAACAACAAUAUAUGCUGUUUUUAGGUGAAAUAGAACAUGUUUUAAGCAUUUUGGCAGAUUUUAAGCCAUUGUUGGUCUUUGGAGCUGGCACAGAUUCUAAUAUUUGAUUAAUCUCAGAGUUAAAAUCAUGUUUGGUACUCACUGGGUCCCCAUUACAAAAGUUUUUAAGAUGUGUUGGAUGUUUAUUCCUACUGAAAUUAUUUAUUUUGAGAGUUUACACCAAGUUUGAACCAGUGUUGAGGUUGUCAAGAAGAGCAUAUGCAAAGAAAUCUAUGAAUUACAGUGCUGUGUGAUCGAUAAACGUGAAUUUGUAGGUUUCAUUUCUUCUGUUUUGUUUUUGUUUUGAUGUACUGCAUGUGCUCCCCGUCCGCUCUCUAACAGAUGCCAAGGGUGUGUGAGCAGUCGCUGGGGGUGUAACUGGUGCAUCCAUCAGCACGUCUGCACACACAAACACGCCUGCAGCCAUGGAGUCACCAUCUACAACCAAAAUGUGAGUCCACAUUCGGUCUUAAGAGGUUUGGUAUCACUGGGUGAAUGUUUUAAGGCAAACAUUCUGUAUGUGGUCUUUUAAGUACCGCAGUUCUAAAUCCUUUAAGUAUGAAGCUUAUUUAAUAGAUCAUAAAUGAUGAAUGUGUGGCUUGUGUGAAUCAGAGAGUAAGUCGGCGCAGGAUUAAAAGGUUUAAACCUCCCCUUGUAAACACAAUAAAACUCCACAGCACUAUUUACACACAGCAUGAUGGAGAAUCAAAGAUGUUUAUUUUAUUACACCCUUUAUGGAAGCAGAAUUUAUUGAACUACUGUUGUAUUUGGCUGCAUUAGCUUAGGUCAGGUCUAUAUAUUGAAUUUGAAACUACUUUGAACUUAAAGAGAAAACACUUUUUCUUUUAUUGGUGGGUGUUUUUUUAUGCUGCAGUCUGAAACUUAGAGUAAAGAUCAGUCCAUGCAUGCACUUUAAUUUUGGUUCUUUUUAGUUCAGUUUAUGAUCAUCUUCUUUGUCAUUAUUUGCUUCUUGAUUUUGCAUACCCUUUUUGUUUGAUUUACAUGUCUCCCCUUCCUUUCCCUCCUCCUGCUCCCUUUUUUUUCUUCCUUUGUCCAUGCUUGUGCUAUUUCAUCUUCAAGUUCAAACCGCCAACACCAACCAUCCCACCACCCACAACAAAACUGACAACCUUACCUCCAACUGUCCCGGCUACAACAACAAAAACAACAACAACUACGACAACAACAACACAGCCGCCACCCACAGAGACACCCACCCCCACCACAGCAGCAACUGUCCCUGCAACCACCACCACAGUGACACCACUCACCACCCCUUACGUUGAUCCUACCUCACCCCUUACAUUCGCGACCACUUUACCCUUCGUCCAGAUCUCCACCCAGGACCCCACCGUCCUCACUGACGCCUCCACCACAGACGGAUCCCUCUUUGAUAUGGAGGGGAUAACUGAGGAGAAUGGUGGCACAACAAGAGGGUUUUUAGAGGAAGAGAUGAUAAUCACAGAGAAUAACAUGGAUAAAACUUCAAACACUACUUUACCCAGCAGCACUAGUCGCCCCGCAGACUCUGGGCUGAGAUUGUUGGAGCCCUCUGGUGAAGCAUUGGGCUCUUCCUCUGAUGUAAACUCAACCAUCCCCAGCAAAGUGGCUCUUUCGUUGGACCUGUCUGUCACUGAUGAGGAGGAGGAGGCUGAUUUGGUCAGCUCUGAAGAGGAAGACUCUCUUCUGUGGUUGGAUAAGAUGGAGAAACAAAAUGAAGAGACUGCAACGGGGUCACCUAGCAUUAGCGAAAAGUUUCCUACCUUAACGCCUGAAACAGUUACUGAACCCAUGUCUGAUUCUACUGCAAAUUACCAGUCAGACUCUUCAAGUGACUCUAACUUUGGGGUGAGUAUAGCAGUGACAUCUGCAGGGGUUGUAUGGAACAGUUAUGUAGGCUGCAUGGCCAUAAAAAUCACUAACUCUUCAAGGAUAGACUACCUUUAAAAAGGGAUUUAUUGCUUUUGUUGGACUGUAACUGGACUUUGAAAAUGCAGGUAAACACUUUAGUUCAAAUCAAACUUCUCAUAGUCGGGCUAACAUACUGUACCUAAGAUAAUGCGUUUGGAGAUCACCUUGUUUUUGCACUCAUAAUAAUCUUAUAUACACAUUAAUCUCUAAAAGCUCAGUUUUUGAUAGCUCAUCUGUUCUGGAGAUAAUGUUUUUGAAGUUUGAUAUAAUUAGUUGCACAGGUGACUUGAAUGAAAGACAAGCACACCAGACAUUAGGUUGAGUCUGGAUUUUAAAUGUGGUGCAUGCUGCAGCAUUUUGAUACCAAUGUAUAGGGAAUUACAAAUAUCUAACCUGGCACUGAUGAAAGCAUGGAUGGCCAUUUCAAGAUCCUACCUGCUGAGGAAGGGCCUAACGUCGGCUAAAAGGCGCAAUUGAAAAAAGCUCAUCUUGACCAAAGAGUCAAUCUGCUGAUCAAAGCUUAGACCAGGGUCCAAAAUAACUCCCAGGUUCCUAACAACAGGUUUCCAAAGAGGAGCAAAGGAAGACGAAUUUCAGCAUCUAAUUACAUUGUCAUGUACAUCAGGGGCACCAAAAACAAUACAUUCUGUUUUGGACUGGUUCAAAUGCAGAACCAGUUGCUGAUUUUAUUGAUGUCAUAUCAGUCUGCCCUUAAAAAACCCAAAGGGUGACAUCACUGAGUCUGCAUCCAUGUUUUAUUUCGUCUAUGGCUUUUUUACAGCUAAUCUUAGCAAACUCUGCUGUGGCAUUAUUUCUGAUUUCCAUUUUUAUUUCACCUCCAACCUAAAUCGAACAACGGUGUUUCCAUAUGUGAGGCUUCUACUUUGACCAAACUGUAGUAUUACCUCUGGAAGACCUUAGCUUCAAUCUGCCAUCAUAUAAAGCACCAUGAUACAUGAUCUCCAGCAAUGCAGAACAAUCAGACACAAUGAUCACUACUCUUGUAUGUCCUUAUCUUUAUUAGCUCUCCUGUCAAGAAAAUCCAACUGACCAAUAUAAAAUCAAUAAAAUCAGCGACCCGAGGAUGGAACUGAGAAAUUUAAGAUGCUGAUCUGUCAGGUCUUAUUGACCAGUCUGACCUCUUCUUACUAUUACAAUUCACUCCAUAACACUUCACUAAUACUGCACAUGUUUUCUCAUACAAGUUACUGAUCAUGGCAUGAAAACCCUUUGAAGCCCUCAUCUUAUCUUUAAUCUUUUAUAUUAAAAGGUUCAUUGCAUGUUUUUUGUUCUCUUAGUGUUUUGAGUGUCUCCUGUCUUGUUUUCAGUUCUUCUUGUCAUCAAAGUAAUCAGAUUUUGUUAAUGAAAGCUUCUCCUAUCUUGAGUUUACUGAGUAACACAUUUAGACCAUUACAUUGCUGGACUGCUUCCUAUGCUAGGUAACUUUUGUGCACAAUGUAGACCAUUAAGUCCUCUCAGGCUGGAGACACCACCUUUUAAUAUCUAUGAUUAUCAGUUAACCACAGAACAGAUGUUCUCGUCAUGUUUAAAAGAUCUUGCGGUAAAUGUGAUCUAUUUUUAGAGGAAAGUAUAUUAAGUCCAGCUGUCAUUACAUUUACUCUUCUUAAAAUGGAUUAUAAUGUACCAACAGGAGUGUCCGUGUGUGGAGACCAUUCAGGAUUCCUCUCUCCUCCCCGUUAACGUGGAGAGGAAAAUCACUCUGGUGGGACAUCACCUUCACCUGUUUCAGGUAACUCACCCAUCACAAAGGCUUCAUGCUUGAUAACAAAAAAAAAAGACUUGUGCGUGAACAUGUUUUUCAUUUUGCAUUUUGGUAUUAUCAGUCAGAAAUAGACAAGCUGCUGCCUCAACUCUGAAACGUUAAGAUUCAGUCAAUCAUUCAGCUCUAAGAUUUUCAACUUGUGAUAUAUUUGAUAUCCACCACUGUGUUCUGUGUAGAAAAGUUGGUGAAGGAAAGGUGCAAGGUGCACUGGCUUUUGUAUAUUUUUAAGGCCCUUUUAGGCAAAUUACCACAGUACAUGACCCAUUCAGCUGAAUUACUGCUACUCAAAGUUCCUCGAGUCUAUACGAGUAUUGGCGAGACUAUAUUUUGUUAUGAUGCUCUUAACUGUUAAAACACGCUACAGCACUUCCUGAGAUUGGACGUCUCCCUUCACACACAGAAUUCAGGACCUUGGUCAUGGAUAGCUGUGUUUCUUAUUGUAAUCAUUUCAAAUGACUGUCUGUCUUGUUUCUUGUUAAAUGUAUAUUGUCAUGUAUUCACUUUCAAAUGACUGUAACCACUGUCAAUGCUUUAAUGGCUUGUAAACUCAACAGCAUUGAAAAUAAGGGUAACCUGAAUGUCUCUUGAGAAUAAAUAAAAGUUUAAAAAAUGCAUUUAAAAUCAGAACUAUCUUAGUUGAAUUUCAAUGAUUAACAUUUGUUUUCAUCUGGAAAAUUUGUAAUUUGCCAAAAACUGUUUCAGCACAAAAGUUUUGGCUCUUAAAAAAAAAGGUGUUUUAGCUUUAAUUUAAACAGUUUGGCCUGCUUUACUUUGACUUUGCAGACAAUAAAUAGCAUUCAAGUGUUAAAAAUGUUAACAGAAGUUUUGUGAACUUUGUAUAGACACAGCAGAACUGCAUUUGAAUGUAAUGUUACCUGACUGACAGUUAAGUGGCUCAUUUUGUAACUGAAUUUCUGUUUACUUUCUGUAUUUGGUGUGUAUGUUUAGGACAAAGAUUUGGACUAUGAAUGUGUGCUGGAUGUGGAGAAUGAGUCCGUGGUGGUGGAGGCCUCUGUGGAGCACGAUGCUUCACAGUCAUCAGUCUUCCUCAUCACCUGCCAGCCACACCAGGUAAGAAAAUAACAUUUUUUAAAGUGUAUUUUAUGUCAAAUUUCUCUUAUCACAUGUUUUACAGUCAGGAAAAUAAUGUCAUUUAGCAUUUUAAACCCGCCAAACUGAUGAUAAAGAUUCUUCAGUUGUCUCUGCAACGUCCAAUAAAAGGGUCAUAAAUCAAGACUCAGAGUUUGUGCAGAAAAAAGCAUCCAUGUGGGUGUCUAUGUAUGUCACAUCUAAUAAUUAAGCUUCCUGUUUUAUUCAAAUAUUGCUCAAAGCAUCCUCUUAUUUAGUGGGUACAUUUUAAAGCUGCUGACUUCAAACCAGGACAAAAGAUGGAGACAACAACAGAAAUGCACUGUGUUGCAAAAUAACUGGAAAAAUAAGACUGCAGAAAAGUUUUUUUAUUCAAAUUGCACAGAUUGUAGAGACCUACAAAUAAGAUAUAUUAAUAGAGCAUGGGAUGGAAUGCACAAAAUGAAAAAAUAAGACGACAAAACAGAAUAAAAAAAUAUGGACUUUUAACAAGGUAAGAUCAAGAGAGUGAAAACAACUUAAAAACAUCCCUGAAACAUCUCCAAAUAACACCAGUCUUUAAUUGUAAUGUCCUCCUAACCAAAGAAAUCAAUAAAAAAGAAAAGUUGUAACCAGCAGAAAUAAACAAUAAGCAUGCUGUGUUUGCAGAAAUCCAUAAACUGACACUUUUCCUUACACACUUAUGUGUUUAAGACGAUCUGUGAGUCAUUUGGUUUCCCGAUAAUUUGACUCAAACUGCUCAGGACAUGAAGGUGCAUAACAUCAGCUCAUACAGUCUAACAAGACAAGCCCAACAAUCUUCUUCUCCUCUCACUGUGUUGUUAGUAUGCAUAUUCUACCUCGACGGAGGAGUAUCCAGCCAUGAUCAACGUGAGGAGAAAGAACCACUUUCUCAUCGACAGCCCCGAGGAUCUGUACGGUGAGAGCUUUCUCACUUUCUGAUUCGUCUGUGAGAGAUCAGCGGGAACAAAAAGUGGGUGUGUUAGAGAUCAGUUUUGUUGAAUUUCCUCACUUCCUGUCUCUUGUUUCAGUGACCCUGUUUAACUGCUCAGUGGGUCGCUCAGACUGCAGCCGGUGUCGCACUGCAGACCCGAAGUAUGGCUGCGUUUGGUGUGGCGGUGCUUCCAGCUCUCACUGCGUGUACCAGGACUCCUGCAGGGAGAAGAUCCAGCACACCUGUCCUGCCCCCGUCAUCCACUUUGUAAGAGUCUUUCAAACCCCUUUUCAGAGUUUCCCCUUGAGUUAUGGCUGCUUAUUGAAUUAGUUUAUACAUGAACCCUGGUUGAACCCAAGCUGAAGCUUUUUUUCCUACAGAUGAGGAUCAUAGAAACCGAAGGCUGCCUCAUCUUACUUUGUUUUGAUCUAGAAAUGCUGAGUAAUCCUUUCUCAGAUGACCUGAUGGGUCUGGGAAGUUCAUAGUGUAAAAUUAAACCAGAUAUCAGAUACAGGCCUGAGACUGUUAAGCGCUUCGUAGACGAGUAAAAGGAUUUUUAAAUCAGUCGAACAGACAGACGUGGUGCAGUGAUUGAAAGGCUGCUGUAAUGCGCUCCUCUUUCUUAGUGGUGUUAGCAGCAGUGAUUGAUUUUUUAAGACAUACACAGACAUCCUUACCAUAGUCUGGCCUGCUGGAGGCAAAGAUAUGAACCUUUUCUUAUUCUGUCUUAAUUUUAGAAAGAAAGAAAACAGUUUUUCAGGGUGUAAGAUGUAGUGGACUGAUUUUUGACACCAUGAUUUCUGAGUUAGGUUGUAGAUUGGAUUGUUAUAGAUAGGGGUGUCCCGAUACAAUAUUGGUAUCAGAUAUCAGAUAUUGGUCUGAUAUCGGCAAAAAAAUGAAUAUCGGAUGAUAUUGGCCUCUAAAAUCUCCGAUAUUAGCAAUCCGAUACAAGCAGUCCAUUCCAGACUCCACUCCGGCACCUCUAUCUAGCAGCGCCCUGAUCCAACAAGCUGAGCCCACAAAAUCACAACAACAGUGUGUACUAAGGUACUAACAAAGUAGCAAAGAGAAGGAGUGUUGUUGGCCUUGUGGCAGUAUUUUUUUUAAGUCUGAAAAAGACAUUGCAGCUGAGUGAAAAACUUGUCAUGCACAAUUUUAUGCAAAUAUUGGAUCAAUAUCAGUGCUGGUCAAUACUGAAGGCUACAUUAUCAGUAUCGUAUCGGAAGUCAAAAGGUUGUAUUGGGACACCCCUAGUUAUAGAUAUUCAAAGAAAAAACUGAGGUCAUGAUUUGAAAAUCUUUGUACUUCCUCCAUCAGCGGUAUAUCGAUAUGGUUGCAUCAUGUUAAAUUCAUGUUCCUCAAUUCACCCUUGUGUGUUCUAGUUGGACCCCAUAUCUGGUCCCACUGAGGGGGGCACAGUGGUGACGAUUUCAGGCUCAAACCUCGGUCAGAGAGCUGAAGACAUCCAGAACUCUGUGACAGUCGCUGGGAUUCCUUGCAGCGUCAUCCACAGCAGAUAUGAAGUCUCCUCAAGGUCAGUCAAACCACUUUCAGGAUUAAAAAGAAAAAUUGUUCCACCUUUUCUCAUUUUAACCAUCCUCUGGGUUUGCCUUACAGGAUAGUGUGCGAGACUACGAGAAGUGAAGGAGAGAGGAGUGGUCAAGCCUCGGUCAAAGUGAGGGGAGGGGGGCUGGGACUGUCAGCUCAGGUCUUCAGCUUCCAGGUAAAGACAGUGUGUCAGGACGAUUUUAUGCUCUUAAAAAGGAUGUAAUACUGGCUCUUUUUACAUAGUGUAUCCGAAACAGGACUGCUGCACUUCACAGUCGAGACUUUCUGAGCCCUCAGUGGAGGCAGCUAUGCAUGUUAAAGCUUUUAAGGUCGAACGAUGUCGUCUGUGUACGUCUGAGUUUGUAGGAUCGUACAUACUUCAACUUUAAAGGCAAGAUACUGACAGCCCUGUCAUGUCUUGUCUGCAGACAUCAAUGCACAGAGGUGUACUGAUGUGUAAAGAGCAAGGUCUUCAACCUCUGACCCUCUGAGGCACAAUGGGGGGAAGACGGACUGCAUAGAUGGUGUAACAAUGCUGUAUAUGUCAAUAAAAACAACAGAUUUGAGCUCUUUCACCGCAUACACUUUAUCAGAAAAACUUGGACUUGUGUUUGAUUAUGAUUCAGGACAAUGUUACUCACUUUUUAGCUCAGCACUCAAUAGCUUGUGAUCACUGGUGAACACUUAUGAUCGCUCCAGCCUCUCUCUUAUUGUGCUCAUUCUGUCCCUUUGGCUUUUCAGACACACAGAUAUACACACCUCACCUGUCUCCUCCUACUUCUCUAUUCUAGUGUUGUUCAUCUCUGAUCCGUUGUACCUUUUAUGUUAAUGGAGACAAACCUCUUUGAUGUUGUGUAAUCUCUUUCUGUUGCAAAGCUCCCAUGAACGGGGAAUUUUUUUUCAGCUCAUCUUUUCUGAAUUCUAGGAAUAUGCGGCGAUUGAAAAUACCCACAGAAAUGAAUGCAUUAAACAAAAAUAAAACUGUAAUAGAGCUUGCAGUGUCAAACCCAGCUCUGAUUCAGAGCCCCGAGGGUUCAUGUUGUCAGAGUUCCCCUUCACCCUCCAGCUUCACUUCAGCAACAAUUCUCUGCUGAGAUCCAGCACGUCUGAAUAUUACAUGACAGUUUUAAAAAUUAAACACCACACACUGAGCUUUUUUCUACAUCUGCACAAACCUGCCUGAAUCAAGUAUAACAGCUUGAUGUUAUUUAUCAGCUUCUUGCAGCUCACUUUGGAGCUACAAAAGGCUUUCCACAAGGGUUGAUGAAAUAAGGGGAGUUCGCUCUAAAUUAGGUUACAACAUAAUGCAGAGUGUAACCUGCUGACUUAAGUGCUUGUAAACCCACCGAGCAUCUGCUGCACCCUUUCAGCAAGUUCUAAUUACGCUGGAUCGAGUAAACAAGCAUUUAGAAAACAAAGACAUCUCCAGGGUGUUUUCACACUUUCUCUGAUUUUUUACGUGUUUCCUCUUAGAGUCGUGAGCGUGGUAAUCUCAGCUGGCUUUGGACUAAAACAGACAUACUGAGACCUUACUGACGGGGAAUUCCCUCUGGGAUUAUUCUGACUAAUCCAGUAACGCCUCAUUUGAAGAGAGUGAUACAAACAUGACCUGUCAGGCUUUGAGUAUAACACUGAAAACAGAGGGGGAUUGUUUGAAACGUCUUGUAUCUGUGUUUGUUUGUUCCACAAACUGUCUAAUUAAGGAAACGAAGGCUCCCAGCUUCUUAUAAUUAGGUUUCUGUUCAAAUCGGCCAGUAAAAUGCAAACUAGAGCAAUGCAAUAAAGUAACAACAUGUCUUCCUAUUUACGUCGCAGAUAAAGUAUUGUAUGUUUGACAACAGCCUUAAUUAAUUGGACCAAGUGACAAGCUAAUUAAUUGCUUUGCUACAGGCUGGCUGUGGGGCAGGCUCCACUCUGUCCCAGAAUGCCUUGCUGUCUCUUUUAUCUUCCUAAUAAAUCACCUGCUCAGUAUUGGGUUAUUGAUUGCUCAUUCUUCUUUCUCAUAUGCAUCUCAUUUUAACAUUUCCCCUCCUCAUCUCUCCAUCAGAACCCUGUACUGAGCAGCAUCUUCCCCCAGAGAGGGCCCAAGGCGGGGGGCACUGCUCUCACCAUCAGAGGCCGGAGGCUGAGGACAGGACACCCCAGUGAAGUCAGCGUCCUGAUUGGAGGAGUGCCGUGUGUGGUGUAAGUGUCUCUGUGACAGAAUAAGGUUAUUAAGAUGUAUUUACAUAUCUUUACAAAGUCAUUAAACGUUAAGGGUAUAUCUUUUCAGGCUGAACAUCCAGGAGGAUCAGAUCAGGUGUCUGACCAAAGGCAGUAACAGAACAGGGGAUCACAGCAUCAUCGUGAAGUUUGGUGGGGCAGAGCGCCAUCUAAAGGGUUUGGUGUAUCAUUACACCCCCAACCCCAACAUCACAAAGGCUAUGCCUUCAAAAAGCUUUCUCAGGUGGGUUUGAGUCUGAAAAUAUUUCUAAUCAAUUACUGUGUAAUAAUCAAAUAUACACUUUUACAGGCUACUGUUCUCAUUUUGUACAAUUUCUCAAGUAGAUCAUUUCAGCUGUCGGUCACUGAACAGGCCAUGUCCCUGCAGAUAACUGCCCCUGAUUGAAGUGAUUGUUUCUGCAGGUUACAGGCUCAUAGUUUCAUUCUUACUGUCUGAAAACACUAAAGAAUUCAUAUUGAGGAGAGAAUUAUUAGACUCACCCUGUCCAUCUAAAAUGGACUGUUAUUUAAUGGCUUUUGAGAGUCCAGGCAAACAUGUAAUCUUUGACUUUAGUGCACUGAGCUUCUCUUUGUUACCAUCCUCAUACCCAAGAGUCAAUGUCUUGUUUUUAACCAGAACAGCGCUGGAUCAAAUGUGUCCACAGGGGUCCAUUUAUGUUCACAAAGAGAAGUAAAGGCCGACUCUCUUUCUGAAUCCUGCUGCUGAGUUUAGCUGUCCUGUGUCUGUGGAUCUUUUUCCACAGGCUCCAUGCAUCAGGACUAUAAGUUUUAAUCAUAAUAAUGAGAAACAUGAACUAGGAAAACACCAUUAGCAGCCAUUAAUGACUGAACUAAAAGUGCUAAAUAUUGAUUUUAUUAUUGUUUCAAGUAGUGAUGCUGCACAAAAACUUUUAGCCAGGGUGUUACUCAUAUUUUCUUAUUUAUGUGAGUCAUUUUAUAGAGCUUGUUCUCACCCAAAUAGAGACGUUACUUUUGCCAGUGCAAAUUAGUGAUUGACAUUUACAUAGAUGUAGACCUUUUGUAAAUGAGUACAGAAUUAUUCUUUAUGUAAAAGAGAUAGUAAAUUGAUAGCUGACCAUCAUUUUUGUCCCCAGAACGGUGAAAUUACUGUUUUUGUCACUGGAGUUUAGUGCCUAUUUGUAAAGAAAAUGGGGAAAUUUUGAGGUUUGUCUAUUUUGAGCAUCACCAAAAGAGAAUAUGAAAAGAGGACACUGAUGCUCUUUUUUUGCCCACAAACUUCAGUAAUUAAAACCAUAAUUUCUCAUCUUACUCUGUAUUCUUCUUCAGUGGGGGCAGGAUCAUCAGAGUCACAGGUCAGAACUUGGAUGUUGUCCAAGAGCCCAAAAUGAGGGUCACUCUUAGUCCACCUGAUACUCUCCCCCCGAGGAGGAAGAGGAGGAGCACCGGUCGGAGGAAAAAGGGGAACUUGAACAGAGAACAGAGUCUUCUGAGUUCACUGAAGAGAUGGAGGAGGAUCGUCCCAGAGGCCGACUGUCCUGAAGGAACCCUCUGCCACGUAAGACAGGUGAGCAGGUAUCCUCUUGUACAGAAAGAUUAACUUCUGCAGAGUUUCUGUGAAAAGUUCAGCCUAAAGAUUUAUUUCAACCCUGUGUCCCAUUAAAAAGAGUCAAACUCAGACCAUCAAAGGGAACAGUUUAGAGGGCGUCUAAAAUCAUAAAGCAUAAAUAAUAUUAUCAAAUCUUUACUCCAAGGUCAGUCCUGCUUUUGAAUAAAAAGGAAAAACAUUUGUUUUAAGGACUUUAACUCUUUUUAUACCAGAAUGUGUACAGCAUGUAACUGUUUUUAUGGAAAAACAAUAAAAAAUAAAUAAAUGAAUAAAUAAAUAAUCCAUCGUAUUUUUUAGGAUAACUGUUCGCUUUUGCCACAGACAAUAAAGUAACUAUGUGGCACCAUCUGCUGGAAAUAGUAAAAACUACUACUUUGAAGGCUGCCCUGCAAAUUAAAAGCAUAUAACUGGAUUUUAUUUAUUUAUUUAUUUAUUUUAAGGACUAUAUGAUCAAAAAUCUCAGUUCUAAUAUAUAUAAAAAAUAAGAAUUACUAUUUAUCUACAAAGGGAAAUUCAAUUUAAAUAUUCAGUAUAAUAUAAAUAUUCAAUAUAAUUAAAUAUUUAUUAAUAAUAUAUAUAAAAUGUGCAUGAAUAUAAAACUAAUGGAGCUCAAAUUUCAAAAUAUGUUUAAAAACAUGUCAAUUUCUAUCAAACUGCCUGCCCUGUGGAUUUAUUGUGUGAAAAUGUUGCAUAAACAUAAAAAGGAAUAAAUCCACUUGGUGAGAUGAAAGGGUUCAAACUGUCUGCAUGGGUAAAACUUGAACUGAAACUUCACUGAUGUCCAUCAUUUGAUUGUUUUUGCAGUAUGAGUCCCUGUGCACUGUGAAUAGCUCCACUCUCAUCUCCUGUCCGACCCCCGCUGUGGCUCAGGAAGCCAGGAAGGCCAGGGUCAAAGUCCACUUCUUAUUGGACAGCCUUCAUUUUGACUUCAGCAGCGUGGGGGACGAGGCCUUCAGCUAUGAGGCCGACCCACAGCUCUAUUUCCUCAACCGGAACAACCCCAGCAAACCGUACCACCACAAACCUGGCAGCAUCAUAUCUGUGGAGGUGGGCCCCACAUAUCUCUGAGAAAGGAUGACUUCACCGCUUCUUUCUGCUCAUGGGGAGUCAUGCUGUGUUUUAUUUUGUGUUUCAGGGAGAAAACCUAGACCUGGCCAUCUCCAAGCAUGAAGUCGAGGCUCUGAUAGGUGAGGGCGUCUGUUUGGUCAAGACCUUAACCCACAUCCACUUGUACUGUGAACCUCCAGCUCAGCAGCCUUCAGUCCCAUCCAGUAAGAAGCAGGACGGCGUGGACAGUCUGCCUGAGUUCACGGUGAGGAAACCUUCACUUCAUACUCAGUGCAUGUGUACUUUUAGCUUGACUCUGGGUGAUGUGUUAAAGUAGGUGGAGAUAAAAGUUUCUUCAAACGUGAUCAUGAUGGUUUUUAAUUACAGCCAGUUCUGUAAUGUUGAUAUAUUUUCUUUCUCUUCCAGGUGAAAAUGGGGAAUCUGAACUUCACUUUGGGUAAAGUGCAGUACGACACUCACGCUCAGUCCACAUUCCCUCUGGAGGCUCAGGUUGGAGUCGGGGUGGGGGCCUCUAUAGUGGCUCUCAUUGUGCUCAUCAUAGUGCUCAUAUACAGGUAGGAAGGUAAUCCUAACCAUGCCUGCUUUUUCUGCUCCUGUUAUGACGUUGCAGCCUAAUUUUUUAUUUCUUUACUUGAUGACACUGAAAGGAGGAAGAGCAAACAGGCAAUGAGGGACUAUAAGAAGGUGCAGAUCCAGCUGGAGAACCUGGAGACCAGUGUGAGGGAUCGCUGUAAGAAGGAGUUCACAGGUAUGACCUAAAACUUCUGUUACGAACCUAAACUGUAAAGAAAUUAAAGACCAUUUUACUCAUAAAGGCUGAUCUGUAUCCUAACUCUUUCUUCAGAUCUGAUGACAGAGAUGAUGGACAUGUCCAGUGACUUGGUAGGUUCAGGAAUCCCUUUCCUGGACUACCGAGCGUACGCAGAGCGUAUUUUCUUCCCUGGCCACCAAGACUCGCCACUGAGGCGAGAUCUGGAUGUGCCAGAGAGCCGGAGGCAGACUGUGGAGCAGGGCCUGGUCCAGCUGUCCAACCUGCUUAACAGUAAACUCUUCCUCACUAAGGUCAGACAGCAGAGGGGAGUAUUUACAUUCAAUCUUGAUUUUCAUGCACAGAAAAGUGAUUUACAAACACAUCACACCCUGGAGACAAUAUGUCAUUUAGAAAAAUCUUAAAACCACAACUCCUGAAGUCCUGAUUCACAUUUGUGUGCAUAAUCUGUUAUCCAGAUAUUUAACAUUUGACAAGCUGAUAUUUGGGUCCUAUGUUCUCACUCUUGUCUCUGCAGUUUAUUCAUACUCUGGAGGUCCAGCGUACCUUCUCCCCCAGAGACCGGGCAUACGUGGCCUCUCUGCUGACAGUAGCCCUGCAUGGUAAACUGGAGUACUUCACAGACAUCCUGAAGACUCUGCUGAACGAUCUGGUUGAACAGUACGUGGCCAAAAACCCCAAACUGAUGCUCAGGAGGUGAGAGGAGGGUUGAUUUGGUUUUGGGUUUACUUUGGUUCUUUGGCACGUUUCUUCAUCUUUACACUGUUUGUGUGUUGUUGUUUUUUUUACAGAACAGAGUCAGUGGUGGAGAAGCUUUUGACAAACUGGAUGUCCAUCUGUCUUUUUACCUUCCUAAGGGUGAGUAAACUAUCAUUUUUAUCCAUCCAGAGACAAGGAAAUAUGAAAUCAUUCAGUUUUUUCCUCCUCAGUUGGCAGUUCUGCUUCCUUUUUGUGUUAUUUCUCUGUCACAUUGAAUCUUGGGACCAAAUUCUCAACAAUUGUCCCUAAAAAUGUGUCAGAAAACACCCCCUCAGAGAACUAUUAUAACAUGAAUAAAUGACUGUCACGAUUAGCACUCUGUUGAGGGUCUGUCUUUGUAUUCCUGUCCAGGAGUCAGCAGGAGAGUCCUUCUACAUGCUGUUCAGAGCCAUAAAGCACCAGGUGGAUAAAGGACCUGUAGACGCUGUGACAGGAAAAGCCAAGUACACGCUCAACGACAACCGGCUGCUGAGGGAGGACGUGGAGUACCGUACACUGGUGAGAAGACACACACACACAAAUAGAAAUCAACACAGCAUGCUGUGCAUCGGGUUUUAUAAAAGUAAAAAGUUUGUCUUUGUCAGGUCUGUCCUUAAGAAGGGAUGAAAACAGCUGUAAAAAUGUGUCUAACUGAAUAGGGGUUGGUUAGAUUACUUCUGAUGCAUUCAAGGAACUUAGGAAAAUUAGGCACUUGUUUGCCUUUGAAGGACAGUGUCAAGUAGCUUUAGCGCUCAUGUUAAAUUUUGCAUGUAACAUGGAUAAGAGCUGCAGUUGCAGGCGUAUAUGUGUUUAAAAAGACUUGUGUGGCCUGUUUGUUGGGAGUGUUGUCAUUAUAGUUUGUUUCUGAGAUCAGCGGUACUUCAGUAUUCAGCUUCUCCUUGUCCUCUCUGCAGACCCUGAAUGUUGUGGUCCCAGCUGCAGCAGCAACUGGAGGAGCUACAAACCAGACUGUACCUGCCAAAGUCCUGGACUGUGACACAAUCACACAAGUGAAGGAGAAACUUCUGGAACAAACCUGGAAGGGAACCUCGUUUUCCCAGAGGCCCCACAUUGACUCAUUACACCUCGGUAUGUUGAUGAAUCACUAAUUUAAAGAGACGUUUUUGCUUUUUUGGAACAGUUGGACACAUUUAUUAAUCAGGCUUGUUCUAUUUUUUUUAUUAAUUAUUAAAGAAAUAGAAAACUGUACAGAUUUUCAGAAAGCUCUCCAGGCGAUGCAUCAUAUUUGGAGUUAUCAUUAUUCUCCUUUCCCUCCCAGUAGAGUUUCUUCAAACUGGGAGAAUCAAAUGCAUUACUUGCUCAAUGUUUAUUUGUUCCCUUGAAUAUGAGUGAGUUCUGCAUGAUCUCACACAUUCGUAUUCCCUGCAGAGUGGCGUGCGGGUGUUGCAGGUCACCUGAUCCUCUCAGACGAAGACCUGACAUCAGUGGUACAAGGCUCAUGGAAACGCCUGAACACUCUGCAGCACUACAAGGUCUGUUCACGAGCCAUACUCAACAUCUGUGUGUGCACAGAGUGAAACUGUUCAAAUCAACCUCAAAUGAGCUUAAGGUUAUGAAACUCUUCUGCAUGGCAGGUCCCUGAUGGAGCGACGGUCGCCCUCGUUCCCAGAAACACCAAACAGCUCCUCCAUGACAGCCACGACUACAUGCCGGGGGAAAGUGAGUCUUGUGGGGGUUUUGUGGAUUACAAGAAUAUAAAAUAAAAGAAAUUAAAAAACAGAUAAGUAUAAAACAUCGAAACAAAAGGCUUAAAGUAUGAAACCUCAGACAUGCAGCUGUAGCCUUAGCCAGCACAGCAUCCCUGUAGACCAGACAGGUACAGCGGGUGCUACCUCGAUUUGAAAUAAUGACUCCAAUCCUCUGCAAUGAAUCUGAGGCCCUUCACUCUGGAUGGAGGUUUCUAGUUCAGAAAGUUUGAACUGAGUUUGGAAAGAAAACUUUUGGAUAUUCUGCAUUUUUUUUUCCUGGAAACUGCAAAAGUUAGUCAGCCUGAAUGAAUUUCAAUCCUGAGUUUAAAGUGUUGAGUGUACUGGCUUUCUGUAUGGUCCUGUUUUAGCUCACUUCUUCAACAGAUUGACCAGAUGUCAAUCUUCACCAGCCUUCAGUUGAUUUGUUGGUCAUUUAGAGAUGAGAAAAGCUGUCAUUACUGCCACAUACCUUCAUUAUUGUUGCAUUAUCUCUGUUCAUAAUUCAUAGCUUAGUGUGGUCUAUGACUUAGACCUAGACUGUCAUCAAGUCAGUUUGAAGUUUUUCAUUUUGUUUUGUUUCUUUUCAUUUGUUUCAUUUUACAGUUGGCAAAAUUGCCUCAGAAAUCCUUAAAGACUCUUUACACCCUGCACUUUCAUGCUUUUUUCUUCUUUUGAUAUAUAUCGGUGCAAUAAUCACUUUAUGUUUCAGUUCAUAUCUUCUGCCUACUUACACCAGCAUUAUAACAAUUCAUUAAAGUAAGUAAGCUUAUAAUGAAGCAGAAAAAAACAACACAGGAAAUGUUUCUGUGUCCAUUUCACACAAAAUCAUUUUUUUGCUGUGAACACAAGAUCAGAGCAGAUGAAAAGUUGCACAGAAUCAAAACAGCCAGCAGAGGUCACUGUUGGGCUGUGUAUUCAGAGAGGAUUUUAAGCCUCAUUGGGUAACAUGGGGAAGAAAAGUAACAGUCAGCAUUACAACAUUUUCAGUCAGGCAGUAAAGUUAAAUCUACUGUUUUUGUCAUAGCUUACUGUGAGUUUACAAUAAGUUAACAGUGAUUUUACAUCAUGUAAAACUGAUCUUUUUUUCAUGUGUCAAACUAAACUAACCCGAUAAAAUCUUACUAAUCACUCUGUCGAUCUGACCUUCCAGAGACCCCCAUGCUGGAUGAUGGGGAGGAGGGAGGGGUGAGACUCUGGCAUCUCGUGAAAGCCAGCGAGGAGUCUGAGCUGCCGAAGCACAGGAGAGGCAGCGUGAGGGAGAGAGGGGGAGAGAGGGCCAAGGCCAUCCCUGAGAUCUACCUCACCCGCCUGCUCUCCAUGAAGGUGAAACACACACUGCAGAAACUUAAAUCCUUCAGAGUGCAUUUGUUUGGUAUAAAGUCAAUGGAUUAUGGAUUAAUCUGACAAGUACAGAAAUAAGUUUUAUUUUUCAGAUGUUACUAGCCAAAAUAAAGACUGAAUGGUCCCUAAUAUUUACAAUUAAACUGACUAUGCAUCAUAAAACGCUUAACUUCACUUAAAAAUCCAUGUAUUACAAUAAAAAUUAGUCAAUGUGCAGGUGUUUUGCCUCUUUUUCGUUUUUUUGAAUAGAGUGUUUAACAAAUUCAAAGAAAUUUAUCAAGGAAUACUUGCAUGCUGCAAAAGCAGAUUUAACAAAUGUCACCAAACUCAAACCCUUCUUGGUGGUGGUUGUAUCAUCAGUAUUGCAAAUCCAUGCAUAGACUAUGUGAGUCUGAGUGAUGUGAAAGCACAGAUUAAGUGUUGGUUUGUGUAUUUUUCUCUUUCUAUGACAUCUUCUGGCUCUCAGGGCACACUGCAGAAGUUUGUGGAUGAUUUAUUCACAGCCAUCCUCAGCACCAGUCGUCCCGUCCCUCUGGCUGUCAAAUACUUUUUUGACUUGUUGGAUGAGCAGGCUCUGCAGCACAACAUCACAGACCCGGAGACCAUCCACAUCUGGAAAACCAACAGGUGACUGACCCACAGCUGCAGCAGCUGGUGUGGAUGUUUGGAAAGAGACAGAAAUGAAUCUCAGGCCAAAGUGUGGUGGGUGGCUGUGUGAGGAAAGUUAUAAACAAGAUUCAUGGAGGAUUCAGACCAAAGGUUUAAGGAGUUCAUGUGCCAGGAAAGCCUGGACAUGGGGAGCAUUUGGACGACAGCUGAUUUGAGAUACUUCAGAGACAUUAACACCUUGUUCUCACUUGUGUUUGUGCAUAGAGUCUGUAGAUCCGUAAACAAACUAUUGAUACCUUAAGUGUUCAACCUGAGGCGGUGCAUUUCUUUGCCAGAAUCAGCCUGUAGUUAUGGAGGAAAGGCUCAUUUUGUCUGUUAACUAGUGAAUCUGACAAGGGCAGUAUACCGGCAAUGAUGACAACUGUCUUUUAAAAUGUAAAGUACUGAUAUUGUGCUAAAAAUAAAUGUACAGUAAAACUGUGAAUUCAUAGUGAGUUAUCUUUUUGUCGUGCGUCACAAAACAGACGUGGGAAGAAAAAGUAGCAAACUUCCAGCGAGUAAGAUGUAGCAGCCAGAUCAAAUUUAAAACAGAAGCUCAGAAAGUUCUGCUCCAGUGUGAACAAACCCAUUUGAAAGCUUUCUGCAUGUUUCAACAUAUUUUCUGUCUUUUCAAACAGUUUACCACUGAGGUUCUGGAUCAACAUCCUGAAGAACCCACAGUUCAUCUUCGACGUGCAGACCUCUGACCACGUGGAUGCUGUGCUGUCUGUCAUCGCCCAGACCUUCAUGGACUCCUGCACCAUUGCUGACCACAAACUGGGACGGGUAAGCUGAGCACCAACGCUGACUGACUGUCCUAGCUUCUCAUGUUACAGAACAAUAUCAAAGUGUAGACGCUUGUAGCCUCGUAGCUGUGUUUUGCACCUGAUGCAUUGUGAAAGCUUCCCUAUCUGACCUGUGAUAUGUGUUCUGUCGCAUUCAAUGCACGUCUUUCUCAUUUGUCUUCCAUCCACAGGACUCUCCCAUCAACAAGUUGCUCUACGCCAGAGACAUCCCGCGCUACAAACAGAUGGUGGAGAGGUAAGAAUAUGGCAGCCAGUUGCUCUGCUGACCCCGGGCAUGAAAAAUGCUGGGGAAUAGAGGGGGAGGAGGGGAGGAUGGGGGAGAGUGAGGCCCAGGACAAUCUGUCAGUGCCAGACAGGGUAGACUGAGCCCGCAAGGCUCCCAUGCAUGGAUGGUUGGAGAGCAGACUGUUACACUUACUGCUGUCUGCUGCACAGAGGACCCUGCAGAUCACACUGCUGAUGUAUUAAAGCUCCCCAGACUAGACUUUUACACAACAACUUAACUGCUUUUCUGAAUCUCAUUAGUCUUACAUAUCCAUGUUUCUAAUGCACAGACCAUUGCACUGAUUUAGACCACAGGCUAAAAAACUGCACAUGGAAACACUGAUGAAUCAUCAGUGCUUUUGUAUGCACUCUUAGUAAUACAGAGGCAAACCUCAUGUGUCUCUGUGUCAGAUAACUCAGCAGUGCGCAAAGUGUUUUUUAAUAGGAGAAAAGGUCACUUGCAAAACGUAAAGCAGAAUUUGAAUAAAACCUUGAUAAUGACCCUGCCAAUAAAUAAAGUAUGACUUAGUCUUAAUCAAAUAUCUUCAAAUAAGACAUUUUCUGCAUUUUUUUGAAGAAGUUUGGUUUCAGUUUGGUUUCGAGUGAGAGAUUUUUCUUCCAUUUUUACCAUAAAUAAUUCAAAAGACUUUCUUAGAUUUGGAUUUUUUAAAUUCUUUUUUUUUUUUCACAUGAAAAUUAGUGAAAAAAAACGAGUGUUUCUUUGUGUUUGAUUGUUUUCAGCAAGCUUCACUUUUUUUUUCCUUAGAGAGAGCAUGUGUUUAUUUUUCUAUGUUGUAAAAUAUUUAUAAUAAUCAUGAUAAUACGCAGUUUCUAAAUCAGUGUCAUAGGUUAAUCAUGAUUGUAGUAAAUAUAACAGACAAAGACAUGAGUAACAGGAAUAAACUUAAACAGUAGUGCUUAUCAUAGUUUUGUUUUUAGUGUGACACUCUAUUAAUAUUCUAUCUUUGAGUUGAUAUUGCACAGACUCUUGGAAUGAUACAUAAUAUUACCUUUUUUUUUUAAAGAUCAGCUUAAAAGUCUUUGGUAAAAUUAGAAUCUUUCAUCAGCUCUUAAUCUCCAGCAGGAGGCAGCAGACUCCACCUCUCAGCUGAUGUUACUUAUGUGGGAUCAGUUUGGACUUACAUUAACAGCUGAUCAACUUUAUAGAUUAUGUUUCUGAUAUUGUGUUUACAUUGCAGCAGUCUUACGUCACUUUUUCUAGGUGCAAACUAGAGGUUUCACAUUGCACACAGUUCACAAGACAAUAUGGAAGUGUUGUUGAUAAUAACUAUUAUUAUUUGCAGUUAAUAAACAAUACAUUUGGUGAGGAAAAGGGUUUUUUUUGUAGUAUUCCAUGUCAUUUUCUUUCUUUUCUCUGCACACCCCUCCUCCUCUCUCGCCUCCUCCUGCAGGUACUACGCAGACAUCCGUCAGACCAUCUCAGCCAGUGACCAGGAGAUGAACUCUGCUCUAGCAGAACUCUCUCGAGUAAGUUACCCGCUCUUGUCUUCUAGUUUUGCAGAAGCUAACUUUUUUUAAGCGCAGAGUUGAAGGCAUAAAUCAUUUCAGGACCUUCUGGCUGCGUGCCUAACAAGCUUCAUGUGGAGACUGAAAUGAAAUAUGAAUGGAAACCGAUGCAGUUUUGAACACCCCCCACCCACUGACACUCUAUUUUUACUCUCCUAAAACAGAAUUAUACCGCUGAGGUCAACUGCCUUGUGGCUUUACACGAGCUGUACAAGUACAUCAACAAAUAUUACGAUCAAGUGAGUAUCACCGAAGAACACGAGUGCUGGGUUUUACAGUGUGGUUUUUGUGCAUUUCAGCUACUUUUACUAACUUUAUACCUCUUGAAACACUCACAUUAGGAGAACAGAGUUAUAAUACUAGUAUGCUCUGAAAAAUCCAUCUUCUCUGCUGAUGGUGUAUGACCAAGCUUACAGUGUACACUAAUGUAAAAACACAUAAUUGAAUAAAUCACUUUAUUGUCACGAAUCACACCUCAAUUUUGUCAGUAAAAGUAAAAAUUCAAGGUUAAUUAUGAUGUUGAAGUGAUUCUUGGCCUCGAUAUCACCACUAUAGAUACUGAAGUAACUUGGUGAGGCUUUUACAGGCUGUUAGGACAGACGACAAGCCUGUUAAUUAUUUACGAUUAUGUUCUUUAAAGUUUUUUCUUGAGGGAGAAAAAAAGAGCUCUCCAGAUCUGCUUAGUUUAUGUGAGUUUCAAUUUGGAAUAAAAAAUGUACUUUUUUAUAUCUUUAAAUAAGAGUUUUUUAAAAGCUUUGACAACCAAGAAAAGAAAAUCAACCAAAAAAGUGAGUUGAGAUUCAGAAGGACAAAUUCAAGGAAACAGAAAAAUGUUUUUUAAUGAUAAAGUAAAAGAAAUUCAGAGAACAGAAAGAACAAAAAAGUAGGUAUAAAAAGUAAAACACAUUUCAUUAAAGCUUAAAAGAUUUAAAAGUAUGAAAAAAAAGGAAAAAAAAUUAAAAGCCAUUAGGGUAAUAAAAUAAACGGGAAAGAAAGGGUGAAUUUUAUAUAGCAGGAAAUAAUACAAAGAUAUAAAAGUCAAUAAAGCAAAAAAAAAACACAAAUUGGAAAAUAAUAGAAAUUUCACACAUAGAAGCAGUAAAAGGACAGAAAAUAAAUCAAGAUAAAGAAAUAAAAAUGCACUUUGAAGCACCAGAGUAGAUAAAACUAAGGAAUUAAAGAAAUGGAGGGAGAAAAGACAUUAAACGAUCGUAAAAAAUAAAAAUCUAAAUUCAGAAUUGAGAUAGUGUUUCAAAAAAGCAAAUCUGUGUCUUGGGUUUAAGGACAGAUUUUACAGAUGUCACUGACUGAGCAGCUUCACUUUCCCUUACAGGUGGAUUUAAAGUCCAGAAGCUCUAAUGGCAUAAACAUUGUUAGUGAUGUAGUCUUAGCUGGAAAAAAAGCUUUAAAAUGAAGAGUGAAAUCUUUAAAACAAGUUUUAAACUAACAAAGAAGUGAGGAUCGAGGGUGACGUCAGUAAGAAGCCUGCAGGUUUAGUGUGUGAUCCACUCCUACACGUCUAUCCUCCAUUAUCAAUCAGUUUGUCUUUUUCAUGAAGGUUAACACCACCUACAGUAACAAAUAAAACAAGUCAUGCUUCUGUUUCAAGUGAACUUGUCUUCCUCCCCCUCAGAUCAUCACAGCGCUGGAGGAGGACUCCACGGCCCAGAAGAUGCAGCUGGGUUAUCGGCUCCAGCAGAUCGCUGCUGCUGUAGAAAACAAAGUCACAGAUCUAUGACCCGGAGGUCACACUAGAUUUUCCUUUAACCCUGAUGGAGGACAGCUUCUGUCUGCAGGAGGUUUUGUCUUCCUGAGAUGAACUGAGAACUUUUGCGGGAGACACUGUGCUUGUGCAGACUGAUUUCCAGUGAAGGGAGAAGUGAUCCUGAGAUCUUUCCAAUCCUGAGACUCCAGUUCCUCAUACCGGGAGUGAAAGGACACUGCUCUGAGGGCCAAAAAGGGAGAAAUAAAGCACAUAGACUUGCAGAAUCUCAUCUGAGCUUUCACCUUGACCAUGAUUCACUCUUGAGGGCGUCUUUUUUUGGCUCUUUCUACUCUAAUCUUAACCGACUGUCCAAACUGCACAGAACAUUCCUGCAAGUUCACCGCUUUGCUUGUGACAGGCCGUGCGUCUCCUGCUGAAAAGUGGACAAUAUAAGUGUGCUGGAAGAAGAAACAUGGAGGAAAAGGGAAAAGGAGGACUUAAACGUGGAGCUCUCCAGCACAAAGUCUUACUUAACGGACAAAUGAAGCUGCAACAACUCAUCGUGUUUGAAAGACGUUUUCAUUCUGCUUUAGCUUCCUGAAAUCGCUCUAACAAGUCUUACUCUGACAGGUUUAAUCUGCUUUUAUUGGACAGUUUGUUGUUCCCUGCAAACAGGCUUUAUUUUUCAUUUUCUAAGCAUCACUUCAACAAACUGUAGAUGCUGCCUUCUGCCAUUUGGACUUUUUUUUUUUUCGCAAAGGUGCUCUAUAGUUGAAGAUGCAGCACACAGAAACACUCCCGGCCUGCUCUUUUUUAACCAUCAUCCUCUGCUCCUGUGACUUCUCACUUCAGUUUUUGUGUUUCUGUGUUACCCACGUAGAUUUGCCAAAAGUUGCUCUUGGUUUUUAUGUUACCUUAUCCGUCCUGAAGAAAUCCAUGAGAGUAAAAUCCUCCACUCAACAUGAACUCUACCAAAAAAACAAAAAACUGCACCAAUUAAGUGAGAAAACUUCAAUUUGAAAUGCAGGAGUAAUGCACAAGAAAGAUGCAGUAAACUGAUUCUACUUUAUUUAUUUAACAUUUUUUUGCCACUUUAGGAUUUAAUCCCCCUGAUGCAACAUGUGUUUUUCCUCUGCUGGAUGUUUUUAUGUGAUAGACAGUACUUUUACUUGGUAUGUAUGAGACAGAGAAAAUUUUAAAAACCCUCAUUAAAGGUUCAAAAUCCUGAUGGGACCGUACGCUGAAUAAUGUAGGAUUAAAUUAAAACAUAUAUGUGCAUAAUUUAGUUGAUUUUAAUUGAUCUUUCCUGUGUAAUACAGCUGGUUUUUUUCUUUUAUUUCUGCUGGUUUGUUCUUCCAUUCUUGAAAUAUUUUGUUUGCUGUCAUUUCUUUUGUGUAAAGCUCCCUGUGAACUUAUUCUUAUCGGCAGUAUUUCUGUUGAACGGUUGUUACAAGCAGGAUAACUUUUUUCGGCUCAAACAUUUCAUACUGACAGGAGAGCUGGGAAAGUCUUUAAGUAGUUUUAUCCAAUUUAAUUUAUUUUUUAUUUAUUCUGUUGCAUAGUUGUCCAGUGUUAUUUUGCAAAUGUUUAAAAUAUCUUUUUUAACCCCUUUUUUCAACAGGUGACAUAAAACACAAAUUUAAUUUCUUUUAAGAUUUCAAAAUCAGAUUCAGAGGCAGUCGUCUUGAAUUUGUGCCACAUUUUCAGUUUUUUUUCCUAUCAUUUCUUUCAUCUAUUUUUGAUGCAGUUGAGAAAUAUUUUUGUCUUGUUGCAAGUUUUUAUUCUGGUUUGCUAAACUCCACUGUGAUGUUUGACCAUCACUCUGUACAUACAAACUGCUCUGAAGUAACUCUGACUUUAGUGUCUCUGACUAACUGGUAGGACAAACCUAACAACAGCUUAAUGUGAUGCAAUAAAGUGGUCCCAGUGUUUAAUCCUG